GAGAGAGAGCGAGAGAGGGGAGGAAGGAACACACAGAGAGGGAGCAAUGAUAGGAGGUCAGAAGGCGGAGAGAAGGGGGGCAGCUCCGGGACAUGGAGAGGCUCCACUGAGGGGGAGAGGUGAUUGAUUGGGCAUUGGUUUCCAGUAGCCGGGAGCAGCUGAGAGUGAUGGGCCCCUGAGUCCCGCUAUGGAGAAGAAUGUAGGAGAGGAUGACUGCGAGGACUCUGGAGCAGAGACAGGAGGGUAGGUACUGUGUGAGUGACAUACAUCCUCCCUGAUACACACUGGGGCAAUUAAUGUAGUUAUACAGUGUGAGAGCUCAGCAUCCUCCCUGAUACACACUGGGGCAAUUAAUGUAGUUAUACGGUGUGUGAGAGCUCAGCAUCCUCCCUGAUACACACUGGGGCAAUUAAUGUAGUUAUACAGUGUGUGAGAGCUCAGCAUCCUCCCUGAUACACACUGGGGCAAUUAAUGUAGUUAUACAGUGUGUGAGAGCUCAGCAUCCUCCCUGAUACACACUGGGGCAAUUAAUGUAGUUAUACAGUGUGUGAGAGCUCAGCAUCCUCCCUGAUACACACUGGGGCAAUUAAUGUAGUUAUACAGUGUGUGAGAGCUCUGCAUCCUCCCUGAUACACACUGGGGCAAUUAAUGUAGUUAUACAGUGUGUGAGAGCUCAGCAUCCUCCCUGAUACACACUGGGGCAAUUAAUGUAGUUAUACAGUGUGUGAGAGCUCUGCAUCCUCCCUGAUACACACUGGGGCAAUUAAUGUAGUUAUACAGUGUGAGAGCUCAGCAUCCUCCCUGAUACACACUGGGGCAAUUAAUGUAGUUAUACAGUGUGAGAGCCAAGCAUCCUCACUGAUACACACUGGGGCAAUUAAUGUAGUUAUACAGUGUGUGAGAGCUCAGCAUCCUCACUGAUACACACUGGGGCAAUUAAUGUAGUUAUACAGUGUGUGAGUGCACUGCAUCCUCACUGAUACACACUGGGGCAAUUAAUGUAGUUAUACAGUGUGAGAGCUCAGCAUCCUCCCUGAUACACACUGGGGCAAUUAAUGUAGUUAUACAGUGUGAGAGCUCAGCAUCCUCCCUGAUACACACUGGGGCAAUUAAUGUAGUUAUACAGUGUGAGAGCCCAGCAUCCUCACUGAUACACACUGGGGAAAUUAAUGUAGUUAUACAGUGUGUGAGAGCUCAGCAUCCUCACUGAUACACACUGAGGAAAUUAAUGUAGUUAUACAGUGUGAGAGCUCAGCAUCCUCCCUGAUACACACUGGGGCAAUUAAUGUAGUUAUACAGUGUGUAAGAGCCCUGCAUCCUCACUGAUACACACUGGGGCAAUUAAUGUAGUUAUACAGUGUGAGAGCUCAGCAUCCUCCCUGAUACACACUGGGGCAAUUAAUGUAGUUAUGCAGUGUGUGAGAGCUCAGCAUCCUCCCUGAUACACACUGGGGCAAUUAAUGUAGUUAUACAGUGUGAGAGCCCUGCAUCCUCACUGAUACACACUGGGGCAAUUAAUGUAGUUAUACAGUGUGAGUGACAUACAUCCUCCCUGAUACACACUCGGGCAAUUAAUGUAGGUAUACAGUGUGUGAGAGCUCAGCAUCCUCCCUGAUACACACUGGGGCAAUUAAUGUAAUUAUACAGUGUGUGAGAGCUCAGCAUCCUCCCUGAUACACACUGGGGCAAUUAAUGUAGUUAUAUAGUGUGUGAGCUCAGCAUCCUCCCUGAUACACACUGGGGCAAUUAAUGUAGUUAUUUAGUGUGAGAGCUCAGCAUCCUCACUGAUACACACUGGGGCAAUUAAUGUAGUUAUACAGUGUGUGAGUGCACUGCAUCCUCACUGAUACACACUGGAGCAAUUAAUGUAGUUAUACAGAGUGAGAGCUCAGCAUCCUCCCUGAUACACACUGGGGCAAUUAAUGUAGUUAUACAGUGUGAGAGCCCAGCAUCCUCACUGAUACACACUGGGGCAAUUAAUGUAGUUAUACAGUGUGUGAGAGCUCAGCAUCCUCACUGAUACACACUGGGGCAAUUAAUGUAGUUAUACAGUGUGAGAGCUCAGCAUCCUCCCUGAUACACACUAGGGGAAUUAAUGUAGUUAUACAGUGUGAGAGCUCAGCAUCCUCCCUGAUACACACUGGGGCAAUUAAUGUAGUUAUGCAGUGUGUGAGAGCUCAGCAUCCUCCCUGAUACACACGGGGGCAAUUAAUGUAGUUAUACAGUGUGAGAGCCCUGCAUCCUCACUGAUACACACUGGGGCAAUUAAUGUAGUUAUACAGUGUGAGUGACAUACAUCCUCCCUGAUACACACUCGGGCAAUUAAUGUAGGUAUACAGUGUGUGAGAGCUCAGCAUCCUCCCUGAUACACACUGGGGCAAUUAAUGUAAUUAUACAGUGUGUGAGAGCUCAGCAUCCUCCCUGAUACACACUGGGGCAAUUAAUGUAGUUAUACAGUGUGAGAGCUCAGCAUCCUCCCUGAUACACACUGGGGCAAUUAAUGUAGUUAUAUAGUGUGUGAGCUCAGCAUCCUCCCUGAUACACACUGUGGCAAUUAAUGUAGUUAUUUAGUGUGAGAGCUCAGCAUCCUCACUGAUACACACUGGGGCAAUUAAUGUAGUUAUACAGUGUGUGAGUGCACUGCAUCCUCACUGAUACACACUGGAGCAAUUAAUGUAGUUAUACAGUGUGUGAGAGCUCAGCAUCCUCACUGAUACACACUGGGGCAAUUAAUGUAGUUAUACAGUGUGAGAGCUCAGCAUCCUCCUUGAUACACACUGGGGCAAUUAAUGUAGUUAUACAGUGUGUGAGAGCUCAGCAUCCUCCACUGAUACACACUGGGGCAAUUAAUGUAGUUAUACAGUGUGUGAGAGCUCAGCAUCCUCCCUGAUACACACUGGGGCAAUUAAUGUAGUUAUACAGUGUGUGAGAGCUCAGCAUCCUCCCUGAUACACACUGGGGCAAUUAAUGUAGUUAUACAGUGUGAGAGCUCAGCAUCCUCCUUGAUACACACUGGGGCAAUUAAUGUAGUUAUACAGUGUGUAAGAGCUCAGCAUCCUCCCUGAUACACACUGGGGCAAUUAAUGUAGUUAUACAGUGUGUGAGAGCUCAGCAUCCUCCCUGAUACACACUGGGGCAAUUAAUGUAGUUAUACAGUGUGAGAGCUCAGCAUCCUCACUGAUACACACUGGGGCAAUUAAUGUAGUUAUACAGUGUGUGAGUGCACUGCAUCCUCACUGAUACACACUGGAGCAAUUAAUGUAGUUAUACAGUGUGUGAGAGCUCAGCAUCCUCACUGAUACACACUGGGGCAAUUAAUGUAGUUAUACAGUGUGAGAGCUCAGCAUCCUCCUUGAUACACACUGGGGCAAUUAAUGUAGUUAUACAGUGUGUGAGAGCUCAGCAUCCUCACUGAUACACACUGGGGCAAUUAAUGUAGUUAUACAGUGUGAGAGCUCAGCAUCCUCCCUGAUACACACUGGGGCAAUUAAUGUAGUUAUACAGUGUGUGAGAGCUCAGCAUCCUCCCUGAUACACACUGGGGCAAUUAAUGUAGUUAUACAGUGUGAGAGCUCAGCAUCCUCCCUGAUACACACUGGGGCAAUUAAUGUAGUUAUACAGUGUGUGAGAGCACAGCAUCCUCACUGAUACACACUGGGGCAAUUAAUGUAGUUAUACAGUGUGUGAGAGCUCAGCAUCCUCCCUGAUACACACUGGGGCAAUUAAUGUAGUUAUAGUGUGUGAGCUCAGCAUCCUCCUCACUGAUACACACUGGGGCAAUUAAUGUAGUUAUACAGUGUGUGAGAGCUCAGCAUCCUCCACUGAUACACACUGGGGCAAUUAAUGUAGUUAUACAGUGUGUGAGAGCAGCAUCCUCACUGAUACACACUGGGCAAUUAAUGUAGUUAUACAGUGUGUGAGAGCUCAGCAUCCUCACUGAUACACACUGGGGCAAUUAAUGUAGUUAUACAGUGUGAGAGCUCAGCAUCCUCCUGAUACACACUGGGGCAAUUAAUGUAGUUAUACAGUGUGAGAGCUCAGCAUCCUCCCUGAUACACACUGGGGCAAUUAAUGUAGUUAUACAGUGUGUGAGAGCUCAGCAUCCUCACUGAUACACACUGGGGCAAUUAAUGUAGUUAUUCAGUAUGAGAGCUCAGCAUCCUCCUUGAUACACACUGGGGCAAUUAAUGUAGUUAUACAGUGUGAGAGCUCAGCAUCCUCCCUGAUACACACUGGGGCAAUUAAUGUAGUUAUACAGUGUGAGAGCUCAGCAUCCUCCCUGAUACACACUGGGGCAAUUAAUGUAGUUAUACAGUGUGUGAGAGCACAGCAUCCUCACUGAUACACACUGGGGCAAUUAAUGUAGUUGAUACACACUGGGGCAGUAUGAGAGCUCAGCAUCCUCCCUGAUACACAAUGGGGCAAUUAAUGUAGUUAUACAGUAUGAGAGCUCCAUCCUCCUGAUACACACUGGGGCAAUGCAAGCAGUGUAUGUACUGCAAUGUAAGAGCUUUUCAUCUUUUAGUACAAUGCAUGGCACCUAUACCUCUCAGUAUAUCUACCUAAAUAUAAAUCAACAUUCAGUUAUCUGCACCUCUGCCUUUAUAUAGAGAUACACGAAAAUGUACAUUUCAGGUGUUUUGUGUAAUCCCAGCAACUUUCCAAUUGAGCAUGUUCUGUUAUCCCUAUCUAUAAAGCAUAAUUUACUUACAUUACUCUGUUAUCCCUAUCUAUAAAGCACAAUUCACUUACAUUACUACAGCAAGACUUACCUGUAUAGGCUGUCAGGUGCCCACAGUUUGCAACAUACAUUGUAAGAUGUUCUUUGGCUUGAAAUACUAUAACCAUUAAUAUCAUGUGAGAGGAUAUUAUCCAAGGGCUAUUUAACCCUCAGGUGCCAGGGUGUUAAACCACUGAUUUCUGAGUCAGUCCUAGAAAGGGUUAAUUAAUAUAAACAGGUUCACUGUUUGCUGUUGAGGAAUCUGUCACUGUCAGUGAGAGAGAUAACUAAGAUACAUUGAUUUGCCUUAUAAACAGUGGGAUGCUUUUAUAAACAGUGAUCUUAAUGAGAGCUACAUGACCCAGGGAUGUGCAGUCUGAUACAGAAAGUUUUUUUUUUUUUUAAGAUAAAAAUGUCUUGUCUCAUUUUAAAGGAACAUUGCAUUGGGUUUAAAUUAUAAAAAAAAAAAACAGUAAUUAUAUUUUUACUUAUUUUCAAAACGCGCAUUUUAAAAAUAUUGAGGCAUUUUAAAAUUUGCUUUGUUUUGGUUUUUUUUUAAGGUAGGAAAGUGAGGCUUUGGGAUAAUUAUAUGGUAUCUGGUUUCAGAGUUACAAAAAGUAAUAACACUAGAUUGUUGGUCACUAUGGCUACAAUUCAAAGUUAAUGAAUAUAAUCAAAGGUGGCUUGCAGCUUAAUAUAUAGCUUUUAUCAUCUGAAGGCAGGCAUGAUGAUCCAUUAAGCAACAAGGAAUUUAUUCACUAAACAAGCACAUUGUAUUGAACUGAAAAUAAUUUGCAGUUCAGCUAUAGUCAACGCUAGGUUUUUUUAGCCACCUUCUUAGUCCAGUGUUUAAGUACUUUAUUUCUUUGUUUAGUAAAUGAAUCCUUCAGUUUCAUAUUUUCAUCAAUUCAUGCUUCCCUAUUCAAGCCAUAAAUGUCAGUACUUUAAUUGAUAACUAAGCUAAAUAGUCAAAGUGCCACUUUCAAUUUGAGUUUGCCUAGGGCUAGGCAAUUGGUGUAGAUGUGAGGACAUUACGAAUUAUGUGAUUACAAGUCCCAUCAAAAUCAGUUCAGUUGCCCAUCCCACUGUUGCACUGGACCAUUGCUGAAUCUUGGCUCAUAUUCUACCUCCUUCACUCUAGUCAAACUUGGAUGGCUGCAGGUAGUGGGAGCUGUAGGUGUGUAAUUUAACCUAUGCAGUGGUCUGUGGAGUCCACCAUCAGGUAUGCCUGACCUCUUGUCACAAUGGGGUUAAAGCGGGGGGAAAAACUGCUUUUCUUUCAAGUUAUUUAUUUUUUCUUGAAUGUAUAGACCGGAAGCUUCAUUGUAUAUUCCUGUUAAGUUUGAUCAGUAUUUUUAAUAUAACUUUAUUCAAUAAUGUCAUGUUUAACAUGAGAAUUUGUUAUUUUUUAAUGCGAUAAAACCUUGUAACAUAAAUCUGCAAUUUAAAGGAAAAGUAUUAUGAACUAUAUACAUGAAGUAUAUAUUUUGCUGACUGAGAUAAUUUAAUGAGACAAGCCACUCUAGAGACUUUGCCACCUCAUAAAGUGAAUACAGUUACCUGACUGAAUCCAGAUAUUUGUAUUAUAAAGGUCAUUCGGCCUACGCUUACGUCCUCGUGAGUACAUAGUGCACUCCCAUCCUUCUCUCCUAAUGUCCCCAUGAAUUUAUUUACGUUUCACGGUGACAAAAUUAUUUCUUGUAUUAGAAAACGGAUUCUCUCUGGACCUGGAAUAAGAUACUGUGAAUUUCACGUUCCACUAUUGCGUGCAAUUGCCAUAGCAAACUGUUUGUAAAAAAUUAUACAGCUAUUCUCUCCCAGCACUAAACGAAAUGUUGCAGUAAUUGCUUUAUAUCUCUGUAAUACAAUUAUCAGAUUAACAACUCACAAAAUGGUAAAAUUGUUUAUACAGGAACAGGACCUUCCUUUUCGAUUGAUUCUGUUUACACCGAUUUGUUUGUGCUUAUUUUAUUUCCCUAUUAUAAAAAUCUGCUGUGUGUGUUGAUGUUAUGUAAAUGAAACAGGUGAUCGGUUCUUGAUAUAGGCAUCAAAAUAAACACGUAUAGAUUUCUCCAUGGUCUUUUCACCGGUUUAAAAAUGGUUCAUGGUUUUUAAAUGUAUUCUUAAUUUAUUUAUUAUUCUACUUUUGUUUUUUUCUUACCGAGUGCCAAAAUAUUACACUGCAUUUCAAAAUGAUUGUUGAUAAUUAUCGUUCUUUCAUUGCAAAUCAAAAAAGAACAAAAAGAGAAAUCUUGUUUCUUAAAGGAAUAGCUCAUUAAAUACAACUUUCAGCCCAUCUGGAGUUAAUUAAAAGUAAAUCUGAUAAAACUCAUUUCAUUCACCCACUGCACAGUGCUGCGGAAUAUAUUGGUGCUUUACAAAUAGCAAAUCAUUCUAAGAAUUACAACAACAACAACAACAAAAAAAUAAUAAUAAUUACAUUUAUAUUUAAAUCUGCAUAUUUUAUGUACAUGUUUGCUAACUGUGCAAAAUCCAUCAGACAGUCCCAAUUUUACACCAUUAUCCCACUUGCCAUUUUGUUUCCCUGUCAAUCUACGUGAUACCAAUACCUUUUUACCCUGGUUAGCUACCUUGAUGGGCAUCGUAACAAGUCCGACUCUUUACAGCUGUGUCCAUCGCCUAACUCAUUCAAAUUGUUACCUCCCGACACCAUACUUGUCUUAACAAAGGAUGCACAUUAGCAUGAAGCAAGAAAAAAUCAGAAGUGAGUUUCUCUUUGCUGCUAAAUUACUGAUAUACUUAUUUUUUUGACCAUGUUUGUAAUGCAUGCAGUAACAAGGAGGGCUAGCUCAUUCCUGAAGUAUCUCGUUUAAAUACUACAUUUGAAAGAAUUAGUGUUUUAAGAUUUCUCUUCUGCAAAGAUUAUUUUUUCAAAACCAUUCUAAAGUAUACAAUUAAUGUCACCAAUGUAAAUAGGAAUCCCCAGAGCAGAAUCUCCAUCAUUGGAGAAAAUGCUCCAGGGAACGAAAUCUCUAUAGUUAUAGUUUCCCCUAGAGAUAAAAAGUGACAAUGAAGCAAUAAAAUAUAAAGUGCACCUGUCAUAUUGGUGCUUAAAGCAGUUUUGUAUCCAGCACAAAAAAGUAGCUGUUCCCUGUUUUCAUUUGUUAAUUUUCACAUGGGGUUCAGCUAUAUAUUUAUUUUUGUAUAAAAUCUGAUUUAGAAAUAGGCACAGUGUCUGUGGUCUUCCCUGCUUCUGUGCUGGGAGUGAAGCAAGAAAGACCAUAUAGACCAGGCCUAUCCAACCUGCGCCCCCCCCCACCCCCCCCAGAUGUUGCUGAACUACAACUCCCAUGAUUCUUUCAAUUAAACAGAUAGCCAGGGAAUCAUGGGAGUUGUAGUUCAGCAACAUCUGGGGGGGCCGCAGGUUGGACAGCCCUGAUAUAGACUGUCGGUUUUCAAACACUGUCUUACCCAAGGUGUAUAUAUAUGGCUGAAAGAUCCUGUCCUAUACUAAAGGUAGUCAGUGGCGUACCUACCUACCCUCACCUCAGGGGGCCCGGCCGCAGCCACAACCCCAGCCACCGUGGGCUGCCUGCAUAUUUCUAGGCUGGUGCACAGCCGCACCGGCCCAGGUCUGCGGUUCCCGUGUGUCUGGCAGGAGGGGAGAGCAUCAUGCCUGUGUGUAGCGUGGCCAAGUGGUCUGACAGGAAGUGCUCACUGUAAGAGCACUUCCUGUCAGACCGGGAACCACGGCGAGAAGCAGAUACAGGAGUGGGGAGAAAUGGAGGAAUGGGACACAGGGAGUGUCACGGCAAGGGUGUAUAAUUUAUUAUUACACUAUGGAAUAUCAUCUUUUAAUGUAAUUUGUGUAGUAAAUAGCACAAAUUACAGAGAUGCUAUUGCUGAGGUCAACAGGGGUUACAUCUUUUGAAGCUGGGACCCCCACAGACAGGCCCGGACUGGCCAUCGGGCACACUGGGCAAAUGCCCGGUGGGCCGCGGUGGCCGUGGGGCCGAGGCCAGCAGGGGAGGUCACAGGAUCUCCCCUGCCGGUCUAUGCAGGGCCGGCGCUGUCCGAGCGCCGGCCCCGCUGUCUUCCAUGGAGGGCCGGUGGGGAGAUCAAAGAUCCCUCACCGGCCCACAUGCUCAAACGCGGCCGCCGGCGGGGGGAGAGGGAGGGAGACAGCCGCCAGGAGAGAGGACCCGGCGGAGCUCUAACUUGCAGCUCCGCCGGGAUUCUCUCGCGAGAUCCGGACCGUUGCUAUGGCAACUGGCCGGGUCUCGCGAGAGUGAACUCUAGCCCCAAAGGGCUAGAGUUCACUUACCACGAGGACCACCAGGGAUGGCUGGCAGGAGCACGACCCCCCCCCUUCCAGGCUACAGGUAAGAAUAGAGGGAGGGAGGAGAAGGGGGGGGGAUAUAAUGUAUUUAUUUUUAUUAUUUAUUAUUAUGUAUUUAUUUUUAUUAUUAUUAUUUAUUAUUAUUAUUAUUUAUUAUUAUGUAUUUAUUUUUAUUAUUUAUUAUUAUUAUUUAUUAUUAUGUAUUUAUUAUUAUUUUUUAGUAAAACAUUAAUAGUGCCAUUUACCUGCCUCCCCCCAAUACAAAAUCCUUGCAAACACACACAUCACCCUCACCCAGCACCCUAACACAUACACAGCACCCUAACACACACACACAGCACCCUAACACCAGCACCCUAACAUUGACACAGCACCCUAACACACACACAGCACCCUAACACCAGCACCCUAACAUUGACACAGCACCCUAGCACACACACAGCACCCUAACACCAGCACCCUAACAUUGACACAGCACCCUAACACCAGCACCCUAACAUUGACACAGAACCCUAACACACACACAGCACCCUAACACCAGCACCCUAACAUUGACACAGCACCCUAACACACACACAGCACCCUAACACCAGCACCCUAACAUUGACACAGAACCCUGCACCCACACAGCACACACUAGCACACAGCACCCUAACAUUGACACACACCCUAACACACACAGCACCCUAACACACACACAGCACCCUAACACUCACACAGCACCCUAACACACACACAGCACCCUACCACACCCUAACAGCACCCUAACAUUGACACAGCACCCUAACACACACACAGCACCCUAACACCAGCACCCUAACAUUGACACAGAACCCUAACACACACAGCACCCCAACACACACACAGCACCCUAACACAGCACCCUAACAUUGACACAUCACCCUAACACACACACAGCACCGUAGCACUCACACAACACCCUAACACACACACAGCACCCCAACACACACACACACACACAGCACCCUAACACCAGCACCCUAACAUUGACACAGCACCCUAACACACACACACAGCACCCUAACACCAGCACCCUAACAUUGACACAGCACCCUAAAACACACACAGCACCCUAACACAUACAGCAACCUAGCACACACACACACCACCCCAACACAUACACAGCACACACAGCACCCCAACACACACAGCACCCCAACACACAUCACCCUCACACACACACACAUCACCCUCAAAUACACAGAACCCACACACAGCACCCUCACACACAGCACCCUCACACACAGCACCCUCACACACAGCACCCUCACACACACAUACUGCACCCCCCCACACAAACAGCACCUUCCCACACACACUAUACUCCUCACAAAUGCACAAUACACCCCUCACACACACAGCACCCCCCAAACACACUGCGCCAGUCACACACUCACUAGAUCUCCUAUACGCACUCCUGAGUCCUUCAAACACACACUAGAUCCCCUACACACAGACGCUGCACCACUUAUACACAGACUACAUUUCUGACAUACACACUCAGGAUCCCCUAUGAACACACUAGAUAUCCUUUAAGCAAACACAUAGUGUCUCCAUAAAUGGGAUACAUUGAGUAUUCCAAUUACGGAAACCCCUGAGACAAGUUUCAAGCAAACACAAUGCAAGCAUGUUAUUAAAUUUUCUUGCGCUGUGCAGAUCAAAUACAGGGCCCUUUUCUCAUGCCCUGGAAGAGCAUUGAACCAACAUGCUCACUUUGAGAUGGGGCGUGCUUGUCAUUGGGGAUGACAAAACACAACCUAUCUGGCCCUGCCCCCUUUUCAGUGGGCCGCUGUAAUUAAAAAUGCCCUGGCCGAAUUUUUUCCCCAGUCCGGCCCUGCCCACAGAGGUCAGAUGACAGAAGGGGUAGUGUGAAUGGCAUAAGGAUGUGAAAAGGAUUUUACUAUAUGGAUGUGAAGUAAUCAAGGUUUUGCAAGGUGUAAGGUUCUACACUUGGAAAAAGUCUGAAUGUCUCUUCAUCCAUUUGGCAUAUACCUUGUAAAGGAUAGUUCAAUCAUUUGAAAUGGUAAUGGGAUUCGUUUCAUGAAGAUCCUUGUGUUCCAGUAUCUUAUCCAAGUGAAACAUUCAUACUUACCCACAGGUUAAUAAUUAAGCCUCAUUUUUAUUAUAUUUGGAAUGGGACAAGCCCAAUCUUUUAAUUAAGCCCAAACAUGAGUUGCACAACUUAAACCAUGUGGCAGGACUUGUGAUGUCCGUCCUAUUGGAUCGUGGGUGGGGCGUGCAACAUGUCUUUGGAAUGGGAAAACAAUAACAAAUUCAUAGAGGCAAUUAUUAUUUCUGUGGCAAGUACAGUAGAGGAGAUAAAACCAAAAGUUUGUAUGUGGGUUGUUGGUUUCUGGAACAAAGGAGGUGGUCACUUAGUAUCCCUAUUGCUCCACCCCUGGGUGAGGCAUGGCAAUUCACAGGGUAUAUCUCCUGUGAUUCUGAAGGGUGUUUGUGUACUUGCUUGGGGCCAAAAUCUAAUUUUGAGUAAGUCACCAUCUUUCCUUGCCAGAGACCCCCUGGACAGAAGUUGUACUUUGAAAACCUAAGUGAGUAAUUAGGACUUCUGUAUUUUAUCCUUUUUGUUUUUAUCUGUUGUUGGUGUAAAUAAUUUGUUUAUCAUAUAUUUUUAUAUGCACCGUGACUAUCUUUUGCUCAUAAUAAACAUUUAUUUAUUAAGUUUUGCCUUUGUCUGGUUAAGAAUCACGUUACCUGAAGAGACCAGUUAGUAUUUUUAUAAUUCCUUAAAUAUUGUGCUAAGUAAUAUUUGGUGGGUUUUAUUAUUGAUUUACCUGGGGGACCAAGGCACCCCAUUUAUAAAUUGUCUUGGUGGUGGCAGCGUUAAAAUAGUAAUAGUUAUAUUAUUAUGUUUAAGUGUGGGUGGUGUUAAAGGGGGAUUUUGUCAUUAUUUCCGGUCUAGUGCAGACAAAUAGUGAACUUUAACCCUUUCACAACCACAACUACGUCACGCACACUCUUGGAGUAGUGUGUGUUCGUGACAGGGAGGGGUUAGAGGGAAUGGGACAUGGGUUGGGGGGGAGGUUACGAGACACACUGAGGGGGGGAGGGAAUGGGACACAUGGAGGGGCUGGUGGGGAAGAGGGCAUGGGACAUAUGAAGGAGUUGAGGGGGAGAGGUAAUAGAACGCAUGGAAAGGCUUUUGGGUUAAGUGAAUGAGACACAUGGGGUGGUCUGGGGGUGGGUAUGAGACACCUGGAGUAGUUGGGGGGAGGGAAUUAGACACAUGGGAGGGGUGGGCCCAGGGCAAUUUUUGCCCCGAAGCCCGGUGUUUUCUACUUACGCCUCUGAAGGUAGUGAUGAGUUUUUCCUCAUUUUUUUCAUUUUUACAAUUGUCCUGCCAUUGUAUGACAAUAUCCAGAUAUGCCGUUAUCAAUUUUGGGAUGUCUGUGUCUUAGGAUGUCAUGAUAACCUUUCUGGUACCAGUUAUCCUGCUCAUCAGUUGCAUAUUUUUUUUAAUAAAUUCGUGUUUCCCAAUCUCAUUUCCCAAAGCAGAAAAAAAGUUCAGAAUUCAGUCCAGAAAAAAAAUCUGGCAAAGCCUCUCCUUCACUCACUAACUAAAUGAUCUAUGCCUCUAACUUUUUUUUUUUUUUUUUUAAUCUUAAAGAGUUUAAAAGUAGGACUGGCGUGUCAUGGCAUAGGCUUAUUUAAAAUAGUUAUUUUUAUUUUAAUGAAUAUUAAAUAAAUACUCCAGGUACCAUAAACACUUCAAUCUACUGUGGUGGCUAUGGUGUCAAUGAUGCCCUGGCAUCCUUCCAGAGUAAGCAAUCAAACAAUUUAGGAAUGGUUAGAUAAGUUCCCUGGGUCUUGCCUGACGCCUACCAACACCUCUUUGCUGUCUGAAUUUCUCUCACCAAGCUGGUUGUACAGGCCCAUGCUCAACUGUUGUUCUCAGCCAAUGAUUGCAACUCUGCAACACAGACUUAGCUCAUUGAAGAUAACUGAAGCUCAUCCUUAUUUACCCACAUGGGGACUGCAAUCAGAAGUACUAGACUCUGAACAUGGCAUAGGCUCACACGAGCACCAGCUCACUGAAUAGUUAUGAUGUAUUUUUACAAGUUUUGCUAUAUGUAUUUUUGUUUUGUGUUUUUCAUAUGUUAAAAGGCUUAAAAAAAAAAAAGAUAACUCAAGCUCUUUUCAAGAGCUUCCAGAACCAGUGGAACUAGUGGUGGGCAGCAGACUAGACCCAGGUAAGUGUCAAACCAUUCUUAAAAGACCACUAUAGGCACCCAGACCACUUCAGCUUAAUGAAGUGGUCUGGGUGCCAGGUCCCUCUAGGAUUAACCCUUUCUGCUGUAAAUAUAGCAGUUUUAGAGAAACUACUAUGUUUACAAAUGGGUUAAUCCAGCCUCCAGUGGCUGUCUCAUUGACAGCCGCUAGAGGUGCUUCCGCGCUUCUCACUGUGAUUUUCACAGUGAGAAGACACCAGCGUCCAUAGGAAAGCAUUGAGAAUGCUUUCAUAUGGACUGGCUGAAUGCAAGCGGCUCUUGCCGCGCAUGCGCUUUCUGACGAUGACGGCGAAGGAGGAGGAGAGUCCCCAGCGCCGAGGGAUCUCGGCGCUGGAGAAAGGUGAGUGUUUAACCCCCUUCCUCCCCAUAGAGCCUGGUGGGAGUGAGACCCUGAGGGUGGGGGCACCCUCAGGGCACUAUAGUGCCAGGAAAACAAGUUUGUUUUCCUGGCACUAUAGUGGUCCUUUAAACGAUUUGACUUCUUACUCUAGGAGAGUUUUGAGACUCUCCCGGCACCAUAACCACUACAGUCCACUGUAACUUAUGGUGAUUGGAAUAUUCCUCUAACUUAAUUUUUAUUUGUUACGAGUUUUUACUGUUUUGAAAAUAUAUCUGGAAAAUUGCUGGUUGUAUGCUGUGUUCUGGAACAGUGUUCAGUUAAUUCCUUCCAAACUUAUUUCAGGCAAAGCCAUUACUCCUGGGCAACAAUUCAUUUCAGUCUGAAAUCCUCCUUUCUGUAUUAAUUAUAAAAUACCCUCGUGUUACCACAUGUCCUUUACUUAGAGAAGCUGGUAGUCAGAUUAUUGGACCAAAAUAGUGUCAGAAUAAUGAGAGAAUCCGAUAAGGGAAAACCCACAAAGGAGUGCAAAUAAGCCAAUUAGUUGACACAAGUGCAGACUCAGAGAAAACACAUGGUAAAUGUAUUAUCAGAGGAGAAAUGAUCUCAUUCCAUUCAAACAUACAUUUUCCUCCUGGUUUCUGUCUUCCCAAAAUAUUUUUUUAUUAACCUUUUGAGUAAUGGUAAGAUGUGGAGUGCAUUGGGACAUAGCCAUCUGGCAAUCAGUGUGUUAAUAACUUCGAUGUUGAUGAUGACAGUUAAAAAAUAUAUUGUACUGGAAAAACCUUAAAAAUGAACAAUAUAUACUAACACUAUAGUCUGGAGUACCAGUUUAGGUCCCUGCAUCCCCCUAAAAUUUUAUUUUUACUGACCUUUUGUCUAUUGCCAAGCUGGUCUCGCUGCGGCUGGCCCUACCUCCAUGGCUAAGAUCAUCAAUCUUGACAAUCUCCUUGUGGCAUUGGGAGGCUAUAGCAAGUGUCUCCGUAGGUGCAGCACUGGCAUAGGAAGCACUACUAGUGGCCAUCUGAGUUACUGCCACUAGUGUAAACACUUCGUUUUCUCUGAAACUGUAUCAUUUUCAUUGCUCAGCCUGCAGGGACAUGCUACAGACACCAGAACCACUACAUUAAGCUGUAGUAGUUUUGUUACUAUAGUGUCCCUUUAAACAUUUUUUUAAAUUCAAUACAUGAAAUAUAUGGGUUGUACGCAUUGCAGUAUUAUUUAAAUAGUUUUUACUUGAUAAUGUGCUUUGUUGAUUUUAAAUAGUUAAGACAUUAAAAAAUUGCGAAAACAAACAAUCCCCGAAAAAUAAAAGUUGAAAAGAUACGCACAUCUGUAACUGUUGCAUUUUCAAAAAAUCCCCAGCCUGCAGUGUUCUGUAUUGAGGCCAGGGUUGUGAUCAGCCAGUCAGAAUCUUCCAAUAACUUCUCAAUAAGUGUUGAAGAUUAAAUUGAAACUUCUUCGUAUGAUAAAUUAGGGUUUUUUUUGGGGUGAACCUCACAGUUUUGUAAAACGGCUCGAAAACUGUUUGAUAAAAAAAAAAAAAGCAGACAUCAAUAGCAUCCGCACACCUUAACCAGCUCAGAUGGUUUCUUUAAAUAUUAUACAAAAUAGAGGUUUUCUGUCAAAGAAUCACUAAAUGUACACCAAGAACCCUUGGACUGGCCUUGAAUCUGACAAUAAAAUCUUGGUGUAUCGUAUUGGCAGAGAUCCAACUUAUCAAAUUCCUCUGCGUACCAAACUGUAAAGUCAGUAUAUCUUCCAGUAAUAAAACAUGCUCUCUGUCAGUUUCCUUAAUCAUUGUGUGAAUGUUUACAAGACCAGUAGAGUUCAGUGAAUUCCUGCUUCCUACAAAGAUAUCAUAUUCCCAUAGUCCUCUGCUUCUGAAUCAAAAUAGGUUGUUAAUGUAAUCUGUUGUAAUUUCUUCAUGCCUUAAACAGAUCUGCUUUAUAUCUGUUAGGUAAAAUGCUGAAUACAUUUGACGUCCGUUUUUGAAGUAUGUUAUAUAUUCAUUUGGGAAAAACUGGGCAAAGGCAACAGGCUCAGACACUGAUCCAUCAAGGUUAAACAAAGGAUUUGCUGAGUUUCCGAUGUCUGUUUAUAAGUUGAGUUAAAACGGCGUAACAAAUUCAACUUUUCUGAUUUUCACAGUAACGCAUGAAGCAUUGGUGGUGUAUUUCUGGUACCUGUAGUGUUUACAGAACUACCAGUUUACAGACCAAAAACACUAUUUAAAGGGACAAUCCCGGGUGCAUUUUGCCACCUGCGUUUUGACAUUUCCUUAUGGGAACAUAUAGAGCAUAAAUCAUGUGUUAUCGUGAUGCCAAGUGCAUGAUUUUGUAAAAAUGUGAGAGUCUUUUGAAGCAGUGAAUUUAUUUCAACCACCUCUGGGUUUUACUAAAUACUGAAUUUUUUUAAAGAUAAAUGUACAUAUGGUCAUUAUAAUCGACGUGCCUUUUGGCAAGCGAAUUGUAAAAUUCGGGACUAUUUUCCUGCUGGCAACAAUAGUUGCAAGUGGAUGUUUUAAUAUUCAUGGGACGGGGGGGCAAUUACAGUAAUAGUAAGGGGGGGGGGGCUUGACAACUUAAAACCUGUAAAAUAAUUACUUUCUUUAAAAAAAAUAAAUACAGAACAUCUCGAAUAGAGUGCAAAGAAAUUUUGAAAAACUGACGUAUGAAAGCAAUCUUCACUUGUGAAUGGCUUCGUGCAGACUGAACAUUCAAGACGAGAAAUAGUCACUCUGGUUGGCUUGGAAGGCUUGCUUUGUUUUGUGUAUAUACACGUUAUUGGACAAAUCUUGUAACAGGUGAAACUUGACUGUCAGAAUACUCUGAUUGGUUGGCUUUUCAGACUAAAAUUCUAAGUGUGGGAAGGCCUUUAAAAGUUCAGGAGAGCAACAUAACAAUGGCUUGGUGGAGAUGAUGUGUGCCAUAUUGCAUUGGAGGUUGAUGAAUUGGGAGAAUGUGGAACUUGGUACCAGGUAAAAUAAUUGGGACUUGGGCAUACCAUCUGUAAGGAGGGGCACCAAUAGUAUUUAAAUAUCAAUAGGGCAGAAGCAUGUUCAUUUUGUGUUGCAAUGGCUGAGGGAGACAGGGCCAGAUUUCCCAAAAGGUUACCUUGGAAUGCAGACAAUCUGAGAUAACGGCACUACCAAUACUUGCACUCCCUGCUUGCCAAACUGAAUGUCUGAGAGCUGUGGUAGUUCUGCGCAUGAGCUAUGCUGGCCAGGAGUAUUGGUCCUUGUCAGGCAAGUGAGAGCACUGGCAAGAAGCUGUCCUUUGGGGUGAAUGAGGACAGGAUGUGGGCUCUGCGAGGGUGAGAGAGCCAUAGUUUAAAUACACCCAAUUCUGCAUAUUUUAAAGAAUCCAACCACAUAUUUCCUUGUGAGAGGUUCCUUCAUAGUAUGACGAUAGGAGAGAGGGCAUCAUCUUUCAUGGUGAACCCCAGAAGAUGCCCCAGCUCUGUACUGGUGGAGGGGGACAACAUCAUGGGCCUUUGUUUGUUAGUUGGUGCUACCCAUCUAACCCAUUUUUUAUUUUUAUAUAUUUUUUUUAUACCUCUCCACCCAAUUUAUUGAAGAGGCCCUAUUUACACCAGCACAUAAAAGACCCUAUUACGCCCCCAACACACACAACAGCCCUUAUCUCUCCUUUACCACACACCACAGCCACCAAACACACACAACAGCACCUAUCAAUCUCAAACACACAUUGCAGCCCAUAUCUUCCCUGCGCACAUACACUACAGCCACAAUUUCCCCUUCCCCAAAGAGAUACACCAUAGCCCCAUUAACCCCCACAAAUCACAAAACACACACACUAAAGCUCCCAUGCCCCUAAGCACACAAACUACAACCCCUAGCCCUCUAAACACACUGGGGUUUCUAUUCAAGUACAGCCCCUAUUCACAUGUACACACAUACAGCCACAAACAGCCCCCUCGCAACAGCACAAGCAGCAUCUCCCCACAUACAACCGCACAAGCAGCCCUCCCGAACUCACACAACCCCACAUGCAUCCACAGAAACAAUGAACACCACAAGAGACCACAUUGAUUACCCCGCUAACAUGCAACCUCAUCAAGGAAACUGUCUUGGGGCAGCAAGGGGGUUAAAUCUGGCCCUGGAGUUCUCUGUGUUUUGAUGGUUUGAAGAUUUGGGAUUUUGGUGAGUAAGGGGAACAUGGACUGCAGGCAGAACUUCAUCCUUGGACUCAAUUAGCUCAGUAUUGUGGUAUAUAAUGCAGUAAAAUGAGUGGCAAUCCCAACCUGGAGUGUUUCCUAAGAAAAAAUAUAAAUAAAUGUGACCAUUAUUCUGUCGUCACCAUUUCUAAGCAUAUAAGACCAUCUGAUUAACUUUAUUUUUUACCCUGCAGGUCAGAUUACAGCCGCCUGUCCUCCACAAGCAGUAAGUAUAUUCUUGGGUAAUUGUUUUUUUGUUUUUUUCUUCAAACAUAAAAACCGUCUUUAAUAUAGUUGAUGUUGUAUAUAAUUGUAAAAUCAUUUUUUGACCAAGAACAUGUUUGUGUUUUUAUUAGUGUUUACAGAAUCAGAAGUCAGAAUUGGACAUUAGUUAUCACAUAUUUAGUUUUAAAAGAUCAACGAUUAAUCCCUUUGGAAUAGAUUAAAUGUCACAGUAAAAUGUCUCGCAGGGUCACGAAGGGUUAAGGUAACACUCAUUCACACUGACAGUUUGCAUUAUGCAUGGACAACAAAAACUUAAAUGUAACACCCUCAACUAUUAUCUGCUUUUCUAGAAUGUAGAUUGCAAUUAUACGAAAUGUAUACGGUUAUGGUAGCAGUCAUUUCCCUCAUUGCUAAUCUAAUUUAAACAUGGCAGGAAAAGCAUAUAGAGAAAAUCUUAAAUAAACAGACAGGGUCAUUUGCUAGGCUGUUGAGAAUUCAAAGUGGAAAUCAAAUUUUAGGUCAAAAUAGCUGAAUCUGAAAAAAAAUGUGUUGAAAAAACCCAAAAAGUCCAAAUAAUUUAAAGAAAAAAAAUAAAGAUACACUAAACAGUUGAGUUUCUGAGCUAAGCCGGGGUCAUUUUGCUGUUUUGAGUUGACAGUUACUUAUCACAUAAAUAUAUAAUUCUGCUGUCACUCUCUUUCAAGAAAACAACAUUAAAGGGACACUAUAGUCACCAGAAGAACUACAGCUUAUUGAAUUUGUUCUGGUGAAUAGAAUCAUUACCUUCAGGCUUUUUGCUGUAAACACUGUCUUCUCAGAGAAAAUGCAGUCUUUACAUUACAGCCUAGUGAUAACUUCACUGGCCACUCCUCAGAUGCCUGUUAGAGAUCCUUCCUGGGUCAUGGCUGCCUAAGAUGCAUCCAAACAUUCAGUGUCUCCUCCCUCUACAUGCAGGCAGACACUGAACUUUCCUCAUAGAGAUUCAUUGAUUCAGUUCAUCUCUAUGAGAAGAUGCUGAUUGACCAGGGCUGUGUUUGAAUCAUGCUGGCUCUGCCCAUGAUCUGCCUCUUUGUCAGUCUCAGCCAAUCCUAUUGGGAAGCAUUGUGAUUGGAUCAGGCUACCACUUCUGCUGAUGUCAGCAGGCAGUGGGCAGGUCAAAAGGAAACAGGGACAAGUUCUGCAUCUUCAGGCUUGAAUACAAGUAAGGUUUUACAAUUUUUAGGGAGGAUUGAGGGAGACAAGGGGUUAGAUGGUGGUUUUAACCCAAUAGGGUCAGGAAUACAUGUUUGUGUUCCUGACCCUAUAGUGCUCCUUUAACCCCUUAAGGACCAAACUUCUUGAAUAAAAGGGAAUCAUGACAUGUCACACAUGUCAUGUGUCCCUAAGGGGUUAAGCAAGUAUUCAUUAAAGGACCACUCUAGGCACCCAGACCACUUCAGCUUAAUUAAGUGGUCUGGGUGCCAGGUCCAGUUCAGAGAAACUGCUAUGUUUAUUAAUGGGUUAAGCCUUCCCCCAAAGCCUCUAGCGACUGUCUCAUUGACAGCCACUAGAGGCGCUUGCGUGCUUCUCACUGUGAUUUUCACAGUGAGAGCACGCAAGCGUCCAUAGGAAAGCAUUGUGAAUGCUUUCCUAUGUACUGGCUGAAUGCGCACGCAGCUCUUGCCGCGCGUGCGCAUUCAGCCGACGGGGAGGAGAUAAUGAGGAUCGGAGGAGGAGAGCUCUCCGCCCAGCACUGGAAAAAGGUACGUUUUUACCCCUUUCCCCCUUCCAGAGCCGGGCGGGAGGGGGACCCUGAGGGUGGGGGCACCCUCAGGGCACUAUAGUGCCAGGAAAACGAGUAUGUUUUCCUGGCACUAUAGUGGUCCUUUAAACUAGUAGCAACCAAUCUACAGCUUCUUAUAUUAUUGCCAGGUAGCUUCCUUCCAAUGCAAAGGCCUCUUAGCUUUCUAUUAUUUGUUUAGGACAUGUACCUACGUGGACAAACAGCAUCAGCUAUUUUAUGAAUCGCUACAGCUAUAUAUAUUUCCAGUCCCUUCAAAAUAUAAAAGAAUAGAAAAUAAAUAAUUUGUACUAGUGCUAUAGUCCUUAGCAUCUCUAAAUGUUGAGAUAGAAAAGGGGAAAAUACUGCUCUCAAGGAUGCAGAGUGUGUAUUCUACCCAAUGCAUACAAAUCAAAUUUUACAAAAGUAACAAAUUGCAAGCCUGUUACCAAAAAUUUCACUUAUUGUGUCCCUGAAUAUAUUUAAUAUUUCCCAGGUGUAGCUGUGGCUAAGCGUAAAGGUUUUUGUUUUUUCUGUCCUGCAGUUCUGCAAUGUGUAGUUUGCAAGUACGGCAGACAAUGGCAGUGAUCUAAUAUCUCGCUUUGGUUCGUGCCCCUUUAGAUGUGAAUGGAAGUGAUUAAGUGACAUGAUGCUUGGAGCUGACAGCUUCUAUUCAGUGACCUUGCUGCUAUGCUGACUGCGGAAUUUUAUACAGUCGGAAUUAUCUUCAUACUUCCACACCGAGUCGUUUGUCAGAACUAAAGAGUUUCAAUGCUAAAACAAUACCCUGCCGCGAGAGACAAAAGAGCUUAGAUACAGUCAGGUUACAAAUUGAUCCCACAUUAGCUAAAUGAAGCAAAACGCAUGUUUUUAAAGAUAAAGAGUCAAAUGACUAUAAUGAGAGACAAAGGUCAAAGAUUUCAAUACAAAAAUAAAAAUUAAACAUGGGCUUUAAUGAAUAAUACAUCAAUGUCGCCGAGAAAAUAUGGAUACAGAUCUGUACUGGACAGGAAAUGGUCAGUACCUACUGAGAACAGGCCUGCCCAAUGUAAGAACACCUCCUUAUGUCAACACAGUAAGUGGCCAGUCAGUUCACAUUUUACCUAUAUAUUAAAGGAUUACUAUAGGGUCAGGAACACAAACAUGUAUUCCUGACCCUAUAGUGUUAAACCCACCAUCUAGCCCUCUGGGCCCCUUAAUGCCUCCAUAAAUAUAGCAAAAUCCUACUGUAUUCAAGCCUGAAACUCUGCAUGCUGUUAGACUCAAAAAAACAAGCAGUCUGUUGACAUCAGCAGAAGUGGUGGUCUGAGCCAAUCACAAUGCUUCCCCAUAGGAUUGGCUGAGACUGACAAAGAGGCAGACCAGGGGCAGAGCCAGCAUGAUUCAAACACAGCCCUGGCCAAUCAGCAUCUCCUCACAGAGAUGAACUGAAUCAAUUAAUCUCUAUGAGAAAAGUUCAGUGUCUGCAUGCAGAGGGAGGAGAUACUUAAUGUUUGGAUGCAUUUUAGGCAGCCAUGACCCAGGAAGGAUCUCUAACAGCUGUCUGAUGAGUGGCCAGUCAAGUUAUCACUAGGCUGUAAUGUAAACGCUGCAUUUUCUCUGAAAAGACAGUGUUUACAGCAAAAAGCCUGAAGGUAAUGAUUCUACUCACCAGAACAAAAACAAUAAGCUGUAGUUGUUCUGGUGACUAUAGUGUCCCUUUAAAAUAAAUGAGCAAAUAGCACGGUGUCUCUAGUGGUUGAUGGAGCAGUUGUCCAGGGUGCUGUUUAAGCGUCUCCUAUGUAUCGCUCCUAUAUUCAAUUUUAAUUCUUUAUAUUUUCCAUAUCACUAUCAAUGGUUAGGGUUAGAGAGAAGGAUGUUCCAGAAUUAAAAGCUCUUCAAAGAACUCACCUGUGCCUUAAAUGACCACUAAAGUCACCCAUACCACCUCAUCUCAGUGCAGUGGUCUAGGUGCAGCGGCCUUGUUUUUUUUUUUACCCAGCAAUGUAAUACUUGGCUUCUUCAUAGAAACUCCAAUUUUUACUUUUCAAGGUUAAAGUGCUUCUUUUACAAUGAUCAAGUAAAACUCGGUCACGUGAGAUUGCGGUUCAUAGAAACGCAUUGAAUUCAACAGUUUCCUAUUAGAAGUAUUUGGAUAUCCUAUUGACACUUGCCUCGCAUCUGCAUCAGUUUCCAGUGCUCCUCUAUGAGCAUGGGCCAAUGGCCAUCGGCUUAAGAGCUGGGUGAUGUCGCAGGAGGGGGACUUUGCGCUCGAGAUAAGUUUAAAAAAAGUUUUUACUGAAAACAGGAGGGAGACCAAAACUUACUCUGCAACUAAGGUCUCAUACUGUUGGGAGUGUAGGCUUGUAUUCCAAGUGCUGUUAUGUUCCUUUAAAUGAGCCCUGGUUUUAUGUUGUACACGAGUCUUCAAAUUUAAAGGCAUACAAGGAAAUCUGAAAGAACAGGUUGUUUGUAUUACCUACUAAAUGUUUAAAUAGAAACAUUCACCACAUUUCUGCUGUCUUUUGUUUUCCGAGAAGUUUGCCGGUGUAGUGCCAGUGGGUGUACCAACUUGCUAAUCAAGCACUUAUGUAGUAUUUUCAGAGAUAGUCACCUCUGCUUCAUUGCCUCAGGAAGUUUCUUACAGAAACGAUUCUUGACCCUUCUUUGAGAUGUUUAUCUUUGUUAAAUGUACCAUCAGAAAACUCAUUAUGCCAUCUCAUUAGCCCUCCAACUACCCCCCCCCACCCCUUCUAAGCUGCACAAUUAAAUAUUUUUAAAAAUUAAAACACUUAGAACUUUAUUAGAUCACAUGUAUUUUUUUUUUUUUGUGAAAUCUAGUUUUUGUGGAAACUAUAUGUGUAAAAAGUACAUAUAUUUUUAUGUUAUAUUUACUAAAAUUUAAAGAAAUAUCUCUUGAGCCCUAAGCACUGGCCUCUGCAGCUAAUGAAGUCCCAUCCCCUUUUUGUCUAGCACUUACUAACUUGUUAGUUGUUAGGCACUGUUAACGAUGGUUUUAUUAAAAAUUACAAAUUUGUAUAAAGAAAAAAAAGCAUACUUUAUAGGGCUGUAUUAUUUUAGAAUUGCCAUUUUUAUGUAAUGAUUUACUGUGUCCAUCUAAAUGGUGGGUUGUAUUAUAGAAUUAUAGAUUUCCUGAGGACAAAAUUAUUAUAAGGUUUAUCAGUGGUUCUUAUCUAACCGCUGGAUGAGGUUGAUUGGAGUUAUAUUCCACAUAUGCACACUAUCCCAUUAUAUCAGAUGUAUAUUUUAACUCCCACCAGCCAAAACCAGAAUCUUACUGAGCAUGAUAUGAGUUGUAGUCCCUUUCCAUGGACCCUAAAUAAUUAUCCUCCAUAAUUUUUACCAGUGAUUUUAAUGUAAUAUACAAUUUACACAAUGUAUUUAUUUAGGCAGAAGAUGAGUAUAUGUAGUCUGAGAUCGUCAUAUCUGAUGUCAGCCAAGGGGAUGGGGGCAGGGCCAAACACUGUCCUAGCCCAUCAGCAUCUUCUCAUAGAGCUGCAUUUAAUCAAUGCAUCCAUAUGGGGAAAGUUGCAGCACUGACCCAGGAAGCACCUCUAGUAGCCGUCUAAGGAGUGGCCACUAGAGGUGUUUCUAGGAUAUAAUGUAAACACUACCUAUUCUCUCAAAAAAGACAGUGUUUCCAGCAAAAAGCCAGCAGGAACUGACUAUACUCACCAGAACAACUACAUUAAGCUGUAGUUAUUCUGGUGGCUAUAGUGUCCCUUUAAUUUUCAUUGUUUUAUUGGAGCAAGAUGCAAUACAAUAUACAAUAUUACAUGUGUGGUGAAUACACAUUAUAUAUAAGAGGACAGCAACAUAUAUAGCAAAACCUAUUCAAUAAACAGUGGAUUGUGAUGUAUUAACAACAGACUUGGAAAAUUUCAGAAUAGCUGAAUAAAACUGGUAUCGCUGAAUAAAAAUAUGUUUAUUAUUAUUAUUGCCAUUUACAUAGCGCCAACAGAGUCCGAGGCGCUUUACAAUAUUAAAAGAGGGGGCAUUUAACUAUAAAUCGGACAAUUACAAGAAAACUUACAGGAACAGUAGGUUGAAGAGAACUCUGCUCAAAUGAGCUUACAGUCUAUAUUAGGUGGGGUAUAAAACACAUUAGUACAGUUUAAUACGUUGGAAGGGAUUUUUUUGUCCAUCUGGCUAGUUUUCCAAAUCAGGUAUGAUGUCACCACAGUGAUAGUUAAUAAUCGCUCCCUAGAUAUUUACCCAAAAAAUAAAAAAUAAAAACAUUUCCCGUGGUGCAUUGUCAGCAUGCAUGCUUAGGACAUGUAGACUGUAUUUCAAAAAUAUCUGAGGUGUCAUGCAUAGAUAUUACUGUCUUCCAUGUUGUAUAGUUUCAUAAAAAAUUAAAAAACUUUGAAUAUUCUCUCCAUGCACCUGCAUCUAGAGAUGAGAACGCUCUUUUAGUCCGUGCCAACAGUUAUCAUUAGAGACUUUUCAAUCACAACAGACAAAUUCCAGAGUGUCAGUAACAAAUCCCUUUUCCGUAUACAUCAUGCAAUCCCUAUCCCCAAAUGCAAUGUUUGGCACCUGUUUGGGUAAAACGGAAUAUAUGAUGUAGUGUUAAAGUUUUAGGACACAUGCACAUAGUUAGCCCCAGUAUUAUAGUAAACCAUAAAAAAUCUGGAUUAUUGUAAAAACAUUUAAAGGAACGCUCUAACGUUUGUAAUACAAACUGUUAUUCCUAACACUAUAGUGUCCCUGUGCUUAGUUCUGUUUAACCCCCACCCCCUCACCCACAUUUGUUAUAAAAAAAAUAAUACAACUAAAAAAAUAGCAAUGUUUUACAGGGUUAACAAAACAGGGCAACCGCACCCAGACCAUUUCAUUGAGAUCAUAAUGUCCCUUAAAAGCUUGUCUCUAUAGAUUGAUAUUUCUUGAAGAUUGUUGGGUGGGGUGACACUUUGAAGUUCAAUGUGAUUUAAAAAAAAAAAAAAAUGUAGGAAACCUUUUGAAGAGUUGCUAAGUCUUAAUCAAGAAGAGGAAAUCUGUUUCAGUUAGCUAGUGCUAAUCAAACGUUUUGUGUUUAUUUGGAAAAGUGGUGGGUAAAAACCGAGGAAAAACACAAUUGCAACUGGGCACAAUAUUUAGUUACCUUCGUUUAUCUGUAAAAUGAAACCUACUUUAACAGAGGGCAGAAGUCCAAAACGUAACAUAAUACUAAGAAUGCCACUCUGUAUAAAACAUGAAAGGGUUUAUUCACCAAGCAAUGAAUUGGAAAAAAAUAGACCAAAAUAGCUGAUUUGGACAAAAUCUCAAACUCGGCUAUUGUGACAGAUUUAUUUUUUACUUGUUUUUUUGUAAAACAUUUUUCAUUGAGAAUUUGUCUAUAAGUAGCACAGUAAAUACUUCAAUACACUGUAGUGAAAAACCUUUGAGUUGAUUAAACAAAAGUCUAAAAUAUUUCUGCUGAGGUGAUCGUUCCAGAAGAGUGAACUUUGACUUACAAAUAUUAAGACAAUUAUAGCUUACAUGAGGUGUAUAUACCUAUCUCUGCUUGUAAAAAGUACACAAAUAGCGAAAUUGCAGCUUUACGAAUAUUUGGCUGUAAAUGACCACUAAAGGCCGUCACUACACAUUGUCAUAAUGGGAUACUGUAUGCAUCAUAACCACUACAGCUUAUUGCAGUGAUUAUGGUUCUAUAAAUUUGUAGUCAGUGUUUUUCUAUCAAAUUAUUUUGGCGAAGUUUUGCAAAAACCUUUGCUCUCUCUUGACCUCCAUAGGCCACCAAAGUUGGACAACAAGUGUAUGAAUGCACUAAGUUAAUCAUAGUGAAGGAAUUUCUGGAACUUGUAGUCCUGCUAACCUACAAACUCUAGAAAUAUUUACUGUAUUUCCAGAUGGCAUGUACAAGUGUUACCCUGAAUAACCUACCGCAGUUUUUCUUUUGUCUCCUGUCCCACUAACAACAUAAUUAUUCCCAAUAAUUGCAGGUCAAUUGCAUUAGUUGAUUUUAUUUAUUUAUUUAAUAUUUAUUAGGAGAGGGUUACAAUAAUCCAUGCAGGAAAUUACUAGAGCAUGGACAAGCUCCUUGGUAGCAUCUUGAGUAAGAAAGGGGUGGAUGUGGGCUAUUUUUUUAAGAUGGAAUCUACAGGAUUUGGUAACUGGAUGUGAGACUCAAAGGUGAGGCCAGAAUCAAGUAUGACACCAAGACAGCGCCCUUGCAAGGAUGGACUGGUGUGGAUACCACUAACUUGAAGGGAGAGCGAAAGAGGAGGAUCAGUAUUAGGAGGAGCUCAGUUUUCGAGAGAUUUAGUUUCAGAAAGCGGGAGGACAUCCAGUAAGAGAUGGAAGAAAGCCAAGCAGUGACACGUUGCAGGACGGCAGUGGAGAGGUCCAGGGAGGAGAGAUAUAUCUGGAUGCCAUCAGUGUACAGGUGGUAAUGGAAUCCAAAUGAGGUAAUAAGUUUGCCAAGAGAGGCAGUAUAAAGAGAAAAUAGAAGGGGACCAAGGACAGAGCCUUGGGGGACUCCAAUCGAGACAGGACGAAGAGAGGAGGUAUCAUUAGAAAAGGAGACACUGAAUGAGCGGUGGAGAGAUAGGAGGAAAACCACAAGAGGACGGAGUCACAGAGACAGAGUUUCAGAAGGAGAGCAUAAUCAACAGUGUCAGAGGCAACAGAGAGGUCAAUAAAAAAUUAGUAUGGAGUAGUGGCCUUUGGAUUUAGCUGCGAUUAGGUCGUUAGUAACUUUGAUAAGAGCAGUCUCAGUAGAGUGGAAGCCAGAUUGAAGAUGGUCAAGGAGAGAGUUGGAAUUGAGGAAGUGAGACAUACGGAUCGUGCCCCAUUAACUGUACAUAAGACAUUCAGCAUGGAGCCUAAUGUACAUGCAUGACAGACUGACACUCCCCAUUUUCGGUCAGGUUGCCACUCUUUUAUUCAGCAGGAUCUUCUUUUUUAUGUGUAGGGCCAUUCACUAUAGAAUCAGUGACAGCUCUCUUAUGGACUCAAGUCUUGCAUUAUACAAACCUAUAUCGUAAUAAAUACAACUCGCUGUUAUCGCACCAGGUUGGAUACCAUCCACCAGUUUGUGCUAAAUCAUUUAAUAAUGGCUUGAUUAAGAAAAUGUGUUCUAUUCUGACACUUCAGCCCGGUCACUUUUUAAAUGAUGGUGACUUCUGUAGAUAAAAAAAAAUAGAAAAUUAUUUCUAAAAGUUUGGGAUAAUUUAAAAAACUUAUCCAAAAGAAUUCAAUAGUGGCCUAUGUCAGGAUUAGGGAUUUCAUGGGUUGGGAGCUACUAAAAACUACGGUGGGUUUUGUACUUGGAAUCAAGAAAGAAAAAGAAACACAACAGUAGUGAGUCUUUUCUAUAUUUUCAAUCUCUCUCUUGCUUUCCUUGGACUGCUAUUCUCUCAGCAAUCUAAAAAUAUUUGUACAUGCCAAACUAUUGUUUGCCAGCCUUUGUAUCAAUGGCUUCCAAUUUCCCAAUCCAGUCAUCAUGGCAUACCAAUAGUCCAGGAUUAUGCAUUUCCCAAUUCUAAUCCAAUGGGGUUUUGACAAAAUCUUGGCUGUUGGUUAGUGUACUUUGGUUUGGUACCACUGCCCUGUAUGAAAAAUAGUGGGUUUUGCACCAUCUGAGCAAUUAAAAAAAAACCUUACACAUGUACAGUUUCAUCAACUAUGUCUUCUGAUUUCCAAGGCAGCAGGACACUGAAUACCAACUACUUGCAUUCUAGCUUGUAACUCCUAUAAUUAGUGAAAUUUAGGAAUAUUCUAAGUGAUUUACAGGGGAUGAUGGAAACCUGUGUAUGCCAAUAUUAUAGUAAGACAGCCUUUAGACAGGUGCAGUUAUUUCAAGCAUUCUCCAUGACAUGGUUAAAGAACGAACAGCAAUCUAACCAUAACUUUAUCAGUGACAACUUUUCUCCACGUUGCACAUAGUUAAACAACAUAAUGAAAAAAAAAAGAAUUUUAGAAACUGUGAUUUUGUGAAGUGGACAGUACUUUAAAAAAAAAAGAAAAAAAAAGCUGAUUAGGUAUGGCCCUCAUUUUUGGCUUGGUCUCCAGUUUUGACAAGCUGAAUAAAAGCAGAUUUUCUCUGCUGUGUAUGUAACUCUAGUUCCUAAUGAUGGCUUUGUGUAGUUUUCUGGUGGUCCUCUGAAGCUAUUUGUUUUACCAUCUAGCCUCAAUGCCACAAUCAGAGCUUCCUGCUGAAUACUAAUGUUGGUGAUGGAUCUUUCAAAGCUUUUCAUUUUAUCAUCCGUCAGCCCAUUCAUUAGAGCACAGAUCAUGCUGAGAGACAAGAGAGCUGAAUGGCAGAGAGAGAAUACCUUCGAAAGAAGUACAGAGCUGCACUAUGAAAGAUUCCUCUGUGCUUCACAUCUCAAUCCUCCUUCGGUUUUCUUGAAACAUCACAGCUUGGGUUUCACAUAGAAAGAUUCUAAGCUCGAAGAAAGCAAUCAGAAUAUCUUUUACUGUCUUUAUAUACCUUUUCUCUUAUGUUUUCACACAAAAUCGGACUUUUCUUCUUGGCAAAUAUACGCCGUCUAGCAUUCGCCAAGAUGGUUCACAUGUCAGGAUUGCCAAAGAAAAAGAAAAUAACCUUACUUAAUUAUCACAAUUGGUGCCAAGAUUAAUAGAAUUUGAUGAACCCCCAUUUUGCAAAGACUGUGAAACUCUAGUAAUUUAUCACAGACCUAUGGAGUUAAACAAUUAAAAUGUGUUUAUAGGAGAAAACGUCCUGUAAUAUUUUUAAUUUUUUUUUAAUUUUGGCAAGACAAUAAGAAACAUUAUUACAUCCCAUUAACGUAUCCUUUAAAUAAAUAAAUUGAUGUUUUAAAAAGUUAAAGUGUAUAUUAGCAUAGAUAUCUUUAAAGAAUCAUAAAUGUGUUUCAAAAUAGUAAAACCACCCUGUCGUGUGCUUUUAGGAAAGAGGUUUAUAUUAAUGCAAAAAAGAACAUAACCUGCUGUAGUGGUUAUGGUGCCAGAAAUUCACUGGUGCCCCUCGAAUGUUAGUAGACAAGAAUUGUUUGCCACCUGUUGCCGCCUCCCCUGGAGCCGGAGGCUUUGAAACGAUCUUCUGUUAGCAUUACUGAGCUAAGCCUUGCCAUGCAGGGCCUGCUCAUUGGCUGUGAGAGGGAUGUAGUGGUUAUAGUGCUUGGUGUGUUCCUUUAACCUUCUCUAUCAGAAAAAUGUUCUGGAAUACAUUUAAAACAUUUCACAUAAUUUAUAUACUUUUUGAUACUUUUGAAUUUUUCAUUUCUUGGCUUGUAAAUCUUCUUCAACUAAUUUAUUGACCUAUCGUGUUUUGUAUCUUUUCACACUACAUCAUUGGUUGAUAUAAUGUGCUCAUUUACUUUGAGGAGAUUUUGGCUAACAGGGUUUAUUGUGUCUUUAGCAUAACCCUUUGACAUUGAUUAGCAGCAUAAACAUAUUCAAAAUCAGUGCUGAACCUGUUGGAUUUGGUUAUUUUAUCAGCUAAAUUCUGCUUCUUUCAAUAGGUGAACUCUCUAUAGAAGAUAUCCAGGACCCAUUCCUUGUUAGCAUCCAUAUAAUCGCUGAUCCUGGAGAAUCCAGGUGUCUCCAAGAUGCUAUUGACAAGCUACUUGCAUGGAUCCACCCAGAUCUUCAGUUGUUCCGUGUCUCUGAAAGGAGGAUUUCAAGGAAAAGAAAGCCCACUAAGGGCUUUGCUUCACAACCUGCUUUUGCUGUCAUUCUCUUCAUACAAGAAGAAUAUGGAGAAGAACAGAUAUUACAUCUGCACGAAUGUUUCCAGAAACCACCAUGGAAGUUCCAUCAUACGGAGCGCGUACAUGGCAAAUUCCUCCCUUACAUGCCAUGCAACCAGGACUUCUUUACUUUAGCCAACGGAACACCGCUGUGGGCCAUCAGGCAGGUGCACUACGGGAAGGAAAUUAUACGGUUUACUAUCUACUGCAGUUACGAAAAUUUUGCAUAUAUGAUGAAAAUGUAUGAACUGAUAUUGAAGAAAUCGGUGUGGAAGAAAAAGGCCGAUUUCUGUGUUUUUCCAAUUUAUUCAAACCUGGAUAUAGACAUUGAGUUUUCCCUGAAAAGGCUUCUGAAGGGACAAAGCCCAAUCCCAUUAGAAUCUUCACUGCUGGAGUUUAGAGUUAAAGAUUUUGGACAGCUAAUUCCACUUUUGCCCAACCAAUGUAGUCCCAUAAGCGAGGGAAGGUGGCAGACUGAAGAUCACGAUGGAAAUAAAAUACUGUUACAGGUAAACAUGUUUUACAUAUAUGCGAUGGAACAAUAAUAUGUUACCCAUUGUGAUUGUGUCAAUAAUUAUGUCACUAUGUGAUGAGACAGGCACAUCAUCUACAAAAAGUACCUGAACAACCCAUUACAUUCCCAAAUUUCCACGCUCAGAGAAUCACUGCAUGCAGAUUGGUGUGCCUCUAAUUAAAAAUGAGAGUAAUAGCAGCACUGGGGCUAUUUAUUUUCCCCUCCUUUCCAUUGAAAUGCAUGUGAACCUUUUAAGAAUGAAUUGCAUGGAAGGAUCUCCUUCCUGAAGAAGACUGUGUUGGCAAAUUCAGACUUUGUCAGAUUUCCAAGCCUUGUUCUCACUCUCAAUUAUUGUGAAUGAGAUGAAGGUUCAAAGUUAAUUAAAACACUGUCCCCAGGCCCAAUUUUAUUAAAUGUAUUUAUCUUAACCCAUGGAACACUGUAUUUUAGAGUGAUCAAUCAGAUCAGUACAACAGUUCUGCAGUUGUUGUUUUUUCACUGUAAAUGGAUGUGUUUUAAUGCAUUGUGCAGGAGCCAGUCAGUAGCAUUAAGUGUGAUGAGAAUCUAUAGACAUGCAUGAAAGGGGUCAGACGUUGCAUAUAUGAGUUGAUGUCAAAAUUAUUUAAAGGAGCACUUAAUUGUUAGGAAUACAAAGCCAGCACUAUAUUAUCUCUCUGCCUCUCUAACCUCCACUUCACAACUCUCAAAGGUUUUUUUUUAACUAACCUUAUUCCAGCGCAGAGGUCCCUUGGCACUGGCUCCAUUUCCGCUUUAGAAUCAUAGAAACAUAGAAUGUGACGGCAGAUAAGAACCAUUCGGCCCAUCUAGUCUGCCCAAUUUUCUUAAUAAUUUCAUUAGUCCCUGGCCUUAUCUUAUCGUUAGGAUAGCCUUAUGCCUGUCCCACGCAUGCUUAAACUCCCUCACUGUGUUACCUCUACCACUUCAGCUGGAAGGCUAUUCCAUGCAUCCACUACCCUCUCAGUAAAGUAAUACUUCCUGAUAUUAUUUUUAAACCUUUGCCCUUCUAAUUUAAGACUGUGUCCUCUUGUUGUGGUAGUUGUUCUUCUUUUAAAUAUGGUCUCCUCCUUUACUGUGUUGAUUCCCUUUAUGUAUUUAAAUGUUUCUAUCAUAUCCCCCCGUCUCAUCUUUCCUUCACGCUUUACAUGUUAAGAUCCUUUAACCUUUCCUGGUAAGUUUUAUCCUGCAAUCCAUGAACCAGUUUAGUAGCCCUUCUCUGAACUCUCUCUAAAGUAUCAAUAUCCUUCUGGAGAUACGGUCUCCAGUACUGCGUACAAUACUCCAAGUGAGGUCUCACCAGUUAUCUGUACAAUGGCAUGAGCACUUCCCUCUUUCUACUGCUAAUACCUCUCCCUAUACAACCAAGCAUUCUGCUAGCCCAGCAUCAUCGUGAGGGAGACACUAAUGCAAGCGCUGUAGGCACAUUAGGCCUUUUCAAUAGGAAAGCAUUGAAUCAAUGCUUUUCUACAGGGAUUUAGUAGACACUAGACGUCCUCAUGCAAAGCGUGAGUACAUCCAGUGCCGUUGCAUAGAGUUAAACUCUGUGAAGAAGCAGGAAGUGCCACCAGUGGGUGUCUGGUAGAUAGCCACAAGAGGCAGUCUUAACACUGCAAUGAAAACAUUGCAGUUUCUCAAGAUGCAGGGUUAAGGGGACAGGGACAUGACUGGGUGCCUAUAUUGUUCCUGUAACAUGUGCAUAUAAGAGCUUGUUGGUGCAGGGAAGAUGGACUUUUAGCAGAAUUAAUUAAUGGAAUCAAAGCAGGCAUGCGUCAGGAAUUUACUUGUGUCAUAAUCUAUAGAAGGUGUUGUAAUGGUGGAGUGCCUCUGCCAUUUGGGGGAUAGUGGGCAUAGUGGGCAGUGCUGUAUAAGAUAGCCCAUGCUAUAAGGAUGGAAGCCCUGCUUAUUCCCAUUUGAUAUUAGGAAGGAAUGAGGCAGAAUGUUGGGUAAGAGAAAAAAUCCUUUAAAAUCCUUUAAAAGAGUGAAAUAUGGCUCAGAAAAAAACUUCUACCAGAAGUUCCAAGUAUGUGAGGACCACGAACAGAGAGGGAUGCAGGAGGCAAAAUCAAUUGCCUUUUCGCUAUCUAAAAAGAUCCAGGCCAUUUGAAGGUGCUUAUGAUUCUCAUAUCAAACAGGAUCUAUACAUCUUAGCGUUUUGCUUGUCUAUUUCUUGUUUGGUUUUGGGAUGAGGCAUACAUUGACAACAUAUCAGGGGGCAAUUGGCGUCCUCAAAGCAGUGCAUUAAAAAAUGCAUAGAGUUGUGUGAGAAGGGCUUCUUUGUAAUAUAAGGUUAUAUAUCCAUCUGGGUCAGGAAAUUUAGGGGGCUUAAAAGAGCCUACGGCUGAAGCUAAUUACUCAUUAGUGACAUGUGUGACUUGUCACCUCCUGGCGACCAGGUUCUACUUGUGUCCCUUUUUCAUAAAAUUGUUGUUUGGUUUACAUAAGUGCUUUAGAGGUGCCUGUAAAUGUAAGUUGUUUGAAGAGAUAUCUAGCUCCAGUAAUUUGUGUCAAGAGUUGGGCUGUAGGGUUUUGUUUAUGUAGUGAUUCUGAAUGAUUGGAUUUGGUCAUUGUGUCAGCAAGUUGCUUAAUAUGUUAUUUGCUACACUGAUUAAUUUGCCUCUAAUGACUGGUUUGUGGGCCGCCCAUAGUGUAAAUGGUGAGGAAACUGAGGGUUCAUUGGUGGUAAAAUUAUCAUCAUUUGAGAUGUCUUAUACUAAGGACUUAUUGUGUAAUAAAAGCAGGUUAAGUUUCGACAUCAAAGGGCGAUUUCGUUUUGGGAUAGCGUUAAGGAAAUAUCAAUGUGUGUCAGUGUAUAUGUGUGUCUGUGUCUGUAUGUGUGUGUCGCUGUGUAUGUUCAUAUGUCUGUACAUUCAAACACACUAUACACAAAUACACCCCUGCAUUACAGUGGCAACACUGUACACAAAUAUGAAUAUACAUAAACUGGAUUUAAACACCAACACUACAUACAAACACACCAGUGCAUUCAAACGCAAACACUGCAAAUGAACACCCCCUGCACUGAAAUGCCAACACUAAACACAAGUGUACACCUGCAUUGGAACACCAGCCCUAUAUAAAAACAUACAUCUGCAUUCAAAUAGCAACAGUGCUUAUGGAUACACUCUGCAAGGAUGGGCAAAUGGUAGAUCCCAAGCUGGCAAAACAUUGUGGGAGUUGUAUGAUAGUUAAGGAUCUACGGUUUGGCCACACUUUGCCUUCUCUACAUUAGUUCCCCUACUGCCUACCCCAUGACAUUGACAUGACGCACAGUUUGUAUCAUUAGCUGUCUCUGGCUUAAGCACCUAUAUCGCGUCAUUAAAUUAUGUAAUUCUACCUGCAUUGUCAGGAAAUGAACUUUACAUAUAGGUCUGAGAAUCAUAAUCAUGUUUUUUUCUUUUAUUACCUGUUUAUAUACAUCCAGUUAUUGUUGGUGUCUACUAAUCACAGAAAACAUUAUUUAAGUCUAAACUGUCACUAAAACACAUAUAUGUCUGCGUUGUUGCUUUGUCCCUGGGGGCGCUAGCUUGGUUAUGACUUGCUCUUGUAGUGAGUCAGAUUCCAAGCUGUAUUUUUCUUUAUGAUCUGUAAUCUAUUUUCCAUUGACAUCAUGUAGGCAACAUUAGUUGCAGUGGGAUUUCACAAUAACUUUUCAAUAUCAUUUUUAAUGUUUUUAAAGCUUUUGUCUCUGUCUUUCUGCUAUGAAACUUGAUGACUGUUUAUUGUACUUUUAAUAUGCAUUGAUUGGAAUUUAAAAGGGGACAGGUAGAAGCUCUGAUGUAAGCCGUCUGUAAUGGAGUGUGUGAAUCACUGUCAGCGUUGUUAAUUACUUAUGCAGAACAGCUUUUAUUAUUUUUUCGGUUUCUUGUUAUAUGGAUGAAAUUCAUUUACGGUCAAACAGUUCACAUGCAAAGCUCUGUAAGGAAUAGGACAAAAGAAAUGAAGGGGUUAAAAAUAAUGGGAUGAGCUUUAACAGGAAAGAUUGUGCGUGAGGAAGAUAGUAAAUGUGGUGUCUGUAAACGGUAUUUGAGUUGACACAGAUUGAAGCCAGCAAUACCCAAAACCACACUAUUAUUCAUGAACCUGAUCGAUAUGUCGGCCAAGCAGCUGGAGUGAAAAAGUGUUCAUUAUUGAUCACUGUACUAAAACAUCAAUCAGGCAAGGUAUAUGUCAAAUAGAUCAGAUUGGCAAGUAUGUUAAACCCAGAAUAAAUAAUACCUGUGAUAGUUAUAGGUGAUUUGAUCUCAGUCAGGGAGGCAGGGCCAGCCACAGCGUAUCAGCAUGGCGUGGGAGGAAAGGUGGGUAAAAUCAAAUUUUCAGCGCGAUUGGAGGGGGGACAGACAUCUGAAAUGUCACAUCAGGACUAUAGUGCCAGCAUUAUGUUUGUACUUAUAACACUUGUCUUCCUUCAAGACAAGAUAGUGGGGAAAAUGUUGGUAAAUAAGGACUUAAUGAAAAAUUAAGAAAGGAAUUAAGUUCUAAGUCAGAAUAGCCAUAAUGAGAGCUUUUGCAGUACAGCUGUUUUUGAAUUUUAAUCUGGUUAAGUGAAUAACCCCAACUGAUUUUAAAUAUUACACAGAUCAUUAUAUCUGGACAGGGCAAACUGCCUUCAGAGGCACAUCCCCAUGAAAGUGCCAUUUAUAACAUUGCCAUAAUGUAUUUUAGCAUGAGAAUAAAUUUCUUCUAUUUACUCAUAUGAAAUCAAUAUUAUUAUUCACUUCUUUAUUGUAAGCUCUUUUGAGCAGGGUCCUCAUCAGCCUCUUGUUCCUGUAACAUUUUGUAAUUAUCUCAUUUAUUGAUUAAAUCUACCCCCUUUAUAAUAAUGUAAAGCACUACAGAAUAUAUUAGCACAAUAUAAAUGCCAAUAAUAGUAAUAUCAAUCAUUUACUAUGGGUAGAUGUCAUAGUACCCUCAGUGCCAUGCAUCUACAUUUUAAUUUUGCUUAAUGUUUCCUAUGGAAAAUAGGUAGCUACUUGCCAGAUCUAUUAAAAUGUGUUACAUCAAUCAGCAAACCAAUUAUCUGGGUACAUUAAAGGACCACUCUAGGCACCCAGACCACUUCAGCUUAAUGAAAUGGUCUGGGUGCCAGGUCCAGCUAGGGUUAACCCAUUUUUUUAUAAACAUAGCAGUUUCAGAGAAACUGCUAUGUUUAUGAAUGGGUUAAGCCUUCCCCCAAAUCCUCUAAUGGCUGUCUCAUUGACAGCCGCUAGAGGCGCUUGCGUGAUUCUCAAUGUGAAAAUCAGAGUGAGAGCACGCAAGUGUCCAUAGGAAAGCAUUGAUAAUGCUUUCCUAUGCGACCGGCUGAAUGCGCGCGCAGCACUUGCCGCGCGUGCGCAUUCAGCCGACGGGGAGGAGAGGAGGAGGAUCGGAGGAGGAGAGCUCCCUGCCCAGCACUGGAAAAAGGUAAGUUUUUACCCCUUUCCCCCUUCCAGAGCCAGGCGGGAGGGGGACCCUGAGGGUGGGGGCACCCUCAGGGCACUAUAGUGCCAGGAAAACGAAUAUGUUUUCCUGGCACUAUAGUGGUCCUUUAAGUCCCCCAAACUGUAAAAUUAAGAGUUUUGGAAAGUUCAUUAACUGUGGAACCGAGAGAGUUAAAAUACAUGUAAAAUAAAAGUUUAUCUUAAAAAUCUGCAGGUUAGCAUAAACGUCAGUUUCUCAGUUAAUAAAGUCCUUUAAAAUUGUAAGCACCACCUUAAUGAUUAAUCCACCUGGUAGAUGUAGCGGCAGGAAAUGGAUUGAGCAUAAAAAUGAUUACGUAAGUACGAGAGCUGGUAUACGAAUCAUUCUCCUACUUAACUGACAACAAGAAUGUGUUAAAUAUAUUGACAGCUCACUUCAUGGAAAAUAAUUAUUCCUGUUAAGCCCACAAAUCGUAUCCUGUGUAUAUCCUACUCACUUAUACUAUACAGCUUUAAAAUGUCAUUAAAAUCGUAAAUCUUUAGGCACCUUUUAUUUAGUUUUAUUUUUUAACAUUUUCUCCCACAUUCUUGCUCAUCUAAGCUAUAGAUUUAUUUUUUAGAAGUUAACAUCUGUUGGCACAACUAUAGGUGCGGCUGUUUCCUUAAAUAAUAACAGGUUCUAGGGCAGAGAAUCUGCUUAUUGGACAAAAAGAAAAUGCUUAACACUAAACCAGAUAUAUACAACAAUAAAUUAUAUAAACAACUAAAAAUUUUAGAUAUGGGUAUACCCUGUUUGGAGAGCGUGUGUUCCUGAAAUAUAGGUAUGACAAAUGGGGUAUGUUCAGUCUUUUUUAAUAAUCACAAACACUGGCCAAAUUUAGCGUUCAUAAUAGUUUUUUGCAUUUUUAACACACAAACAAAUAUAAAUGCUAAAUUUGGCCAGUGUUUGUGACUAAGUGGCUACUAAAAAAGACUGGACAUACCCCAUAUUGAAUACCCUGGGUUGUCUACUUUUCAAAAACAUAUGAUUUGAUGGGGGUAAAAUACAUUGGCCAGCUUCAAAAAUGUCCCAAAUAGGACAUGGGUGCAUGAUGACCAGCUUGGAAAACUGGAAUGGGCAACUUUCAAAUAAGGUCUUUUAGCCCCCAGAGAAUAUAACACACGUAUGCAUGGGUGGUAUCACUGUAUUUAAGAGAUGUCGCUCAACACGUAUUGGGGUGUUCUUUGGCAGUAGCCCUUAAAGUUCUCAGUACAUGUAUUCUUAAUAUGCUAUGUGUGUCAAAACAAUCACCAAUUUAUUUAAAUUUUUUUUAAAUCUGUCAUAGAUUGGUGUUAAAAUUGUUCCAUAAAAAGAUUUUAAUAACUUAGGUUGUCUUCUUUUAAAAUAUAUAUACAUUUGAAGGGUUAUUCAGGGAUUCCUGACAGAUAUCAGUGUUACAAUGUAACUUGCGUUAAUUUAGAAAAAAAAAUGGUUUGGAAAUAGCUAAGUGCUACUUGUACUUAUAGUCCUAUAACUUUCCCAAAAAAAGCUAAGAACAUGCUUACAUUGGGCAUUUCUAAACUCAGGACAAAAAUUUGAAACUAUUUAGCGUGGGUUUUUUGGGGCGGUUGUAGAUGCGUUACAGAUUUUGAGAGUCAAAGUUCGAAAAAGUGUGUUUUUUUUAAAUUUCUUCAGCGUAUUUUAUAAUUGUUUUUAGAGGAAAUUAUAUGAUAUAAUGAAAGUAAUAGUAUCUUUAAAAGGCCAUUUAAUGGUGAGGAAAAAAGGUAUAUAAUAUGUGGGGGGGGACAGUAAAUUAGUAAGAGGAAAAUUACAGCUAAACACAAACACAGCAGAAAUAUAAAAACAGCCCUGUAAAAACAGCCCUGGUCCCAAACAGUAGGAAAAUUGAAAAACGGUCUGGUGACUAAGAGGUUAAGGUAAUUGAACAGAAAGCAUUAUAGACUGAGAGAAUAUUUCCAGUUCAGCUACUUUGGGCUCAAAUUUAAAAUUCACUUUGAAUUUCCGACAAUUUUCAGUUUUGUGGAUGUCACAGGUAAUAUAUCCCAGGGAAUCCUGCCCCGACCAGGUUAUCAGAGGCUAACACAAGCCUUGAUCACAUUCCAUAGUUAGCAUUCAGUCAAUAAAAGUUCUGAUCUUCGAAUGGUAUUGCAUGAGUAUAUUCAACAUGAUCACAAUUCACAGUUUAUGGACCUGUUUUCUGUUUGAAAAUUUGUGAUCAUCGCUAAUUACACUAUCUCAAGUUUAAUUGUCCAAGAUUGAGAUAUUAAUGCAUAUAUCACAAGUGUCCCUAUUUAGGAUUGACAGUCCUUAUUUUGGGCCUAAAUCCCUCUGUCCCUCUUUUCUCUUCUAAUGUCCCUCUUUUCUAGGAGCUCCAUAUUGUUCAUGUGUCUGAGCGUAUAACAGAGCUUCACAGCAAUAAUACUCACAGUAAUGUGACGUUACACUAUAAUCAAUAUGUUUCAAAAUCAGUCCAUGCCAAUAAACAUACAUUGUUCUUUUUAUUGAUUACAUAUUAGUCACGUAAAUUUUAAUUAGUACGUUUCUUAUAACUUAUAAUAUCUUCUGUAUAAGUUUGGUGACAAUGCUUGCAAAUGUCAUCAACUCAAAAGAGGUAUUUGUGAUGUUCGUCUCCGUCAUUCGCAAAAUCGUUUGCUAAUUUUUGCACUACUCGUUUUUUUAUUGAAAUUUCAUAAGGGUACAAGGGCUCAAUGAAUGUUUAAGCAAAUCUUCAGAAUCAUUGUGAUUGCUAAAAGGGACACUAUAGUCACCAAAACAACUCUAGCUUAAUAAAGCAGUUUCUGUGUAUAGUUCAUGCCUUUGAAGUUUCAGUGCUCAAUUCUCUGCCAUUUAGGAGUUAAAUCACUUUUGUUUCUGUUUAUGCAGCCCUAAUCACACCUCCCCUGGCUGGGACUCACACAGCCUGCAUGAAAACAAAAUGCUUUAAUUUUUAAUCAGAUGUAACUUACUUUAAAAGUUCUUAACUCCUGAUCUGUAAAUUGAACUUUAAUCACACAUAGGAGGCUCCUGCAGGGUCUAUCUAGCUAUUGACAGUGCAGGAAAUAAGAAAUUCUAAAUUAAAUAGAAUUUGCAAUAAAGGAAGUGUAAACAUUUGCUGACUCUUUACAGGAAGUGUUUAGGAGGGCUGUGCGAGUCACAUGCAGGGAGGUGUGACUAGGGCUGUAAAAACAGUGAUUUAACUCCUAAAUGGCAGAGAAUGGAGCUGUUAGAGUGCAGGGGCGUGACCUAUACACCAAAACUAAUUCAUUAAACUAACAUUGUUUUGGUGACUAUAGAUUCCCUUUAAGCUUGACUGGACAUAAAGUAUAUUUUGCCAGAGGCAAAUUUAUUGUUUAAAAGUAUCGAUACAGUGUGAGUUUCAUUGUGUCGACAUAACAGCAGCUUGGAAGUCAUUAACAUUGUGUUAUUUUAUCUUACAAUAGACUGUGAUUAACUUCAUAGUGUCCUCGAUCUGCUUCUCUGCCAAGUUCGCUCCUCCACAGCUCAUAUACUGACACUAAAAGGGAGUUGCUACAUCCACCUCUGACUCUUAGCCAGCUGGAAAUAGUGGACCAUUUAAAUUUAGCACAUAGCAGGAAAUGUAGAUAUUUCCUAUGAGUUUGUCAUGUAGAUAUUUUGAUGUUGAGUCAUUGUAAAAUGUAAAAUGACAAUAUCACUCUCUCUUUUUUGUGACUAUGAAAUGAUAUCAAAAGAUUCCGCCAAAGGAAAAUGCCACAGUUUGGUUGUGUUGUAUAAACAGGUACAUUUGCCAACCUACAGAGUGGAACUAACACAACUGGUGGUAUAUAUAUUUAGAACACCUACCCCUAAUUAGGCAACAGCGAGUUUCCAGAAGUUCUAAAAGAAAAAAGUACUCUAUAGUAUAGAACCAUUUCGCCCUCCCUCUGGGCUUUAUCGGUCGAUAAAGUCCAGAAGGAGGGCGAAACGCAUCUCGGAGGAGGCGAGUCAGGGGACACUAAAGCACUUUAGCUAAAACAUAGACUUUAUCAUUUCUAUCAGUGCGAUAAUGAUAGUUUUAUCAUUUUAAAUGUGUUUUUAUGUUUCAAUUGUAAUAAAUUGUUGCUGAGGUCCUAAAAGCUCCUCCACUGUCUGCUUCCAUAAAGAAGGGCUUGUGCUCCCUAAUCAGGCACAUAGGUGGUUUCACCUAGAGCCUUGGGUUCUAGCAAAGGUGAGCAGGCACUUUUGUAUAUGUAAAGCACCUGAAUUUUAGCUACAUUACACUAUGCGCCUUGCCUCAAAUUUUAAUUUAUCUCUUUUGAGCUUAUACUUCAAGAACCUGGAAAAGGGGUUUGUUACAUUACCACAAGUACGAUCUGAACCUGUCACCCUAGGCUCAGCUCCAUGUGAGUUGAACUAAUACUGUUUUAUAAAAAUUAUUUUUAUAAAAGGUUUUACACUAUAGAGUACUUUUUUUCUUUUAGAAAAUCUGGAAACUUGCUGUUCCCCAAUUAGGGGUAGGUGUUUUUGUUGUUUUGUAUUCCUCCCAAACAAUUUUCUGCAUGCAUUAUCUGCUUCCACAAUGAAAGGGUCCUUUCAUUUACAACACUUGUUAAGCAGAUAUUAAUAAUUUACAGACAGGUAUGAUAUAUAACUUAGAUACACAACAGGAGUUAGAGAUGGUGAACUCAUUACAAAAUAAAUUGUAGUUUCCAUGUCACAAAUCCUCAUCUCUUAGAUACAUACUGUUAAUGUGCAUUAUGCCCGUGCUCUCUGAGCAUCUGUGUAGGUUGAUCAAAAUAUCUAGUUUGUGGCCCCAGGCAAGCAGUCAAUGGCCAUGUGAUUAUUUACACAGAAAGUGAAAAGAAAGAAUGGGACUAUUUCAACACUAAACGUUUAUCGUAAAUGGAAAUACUGGGGAUCGUUAUCACAGUGUAAUUUCAGCUAAAACAUAGACUUUAUCAUUUCUAUCAGUGCGAUAAUGAGAAUGGUUGAAUAGUAUGGAGCUAUAUAAGAAAUAGCUAGCUGUUACUGUAUUAAACUUCAUAAAGAGAUUGAUUGCAGUUUCAGUAGAAUCAAAUAAACAUGGGGAAUGUCUUGAGGAGCAAACCAUAACAGUGUGAAAAAUGAAAUAAUUCACAUCACACAGUGGCAGGUGCACUGUUCAGGUUCCGAUCACACAGUGGCAGGUGCACUGUUCAGGUUCCGCUUAUUAGGCCAUGAUCAGACCAAGGACCAGAGGUAAGGAUUAAGAGAGGGAAAGGGGAGAAAAGUAAGUUCAUAAUGGAGGGUGAAAGAAGGAAAUACAGGGGAGAAUCCGAAUAAAUUUACACCUCAAUUUACUGGAGUCUCACAGGCUUUCUUUGUUUGUUUGUUUUUUGGCAUUGCAGCAAAGUUUCAUCAAAAUUGAUAUUUAGUAACUGAUGUGCCUUUAUUGUGAAUAGACCACUUAUUAAAGGAGCACAAAACCUUUCAUUGUCUCAACGCUGUGCCCAGUGAGUACAGGUUUACGGUCUCAUUAGGAAAGCUACGCCAGUAACAAUUAACCUUUUCAGUGCCACAGUGAGGAGCGAGAUAAUGUGGGGCUCUCCCCCGUGGCACUGAAACUGUAAGUAAAAUAAAUAUUACACUCAUGUAAUUUAAAUACUUGACGUGUAAUAAGAGAGACAAACGGGUCUCUCCAAAAAAAUAAACAAAAAAUUAAAAAAAUAAGAAAGAGUGGCCUAUCUUUUUUCUCCCCACUUGAGCUGAGGAUAGAGGGUAAAAUAAAAGGACCCAGAAGAUGCAUAGUUUCCUGCUCUCUGUAUUAAUAUGGGCCAAUAAUAUCCAAGGAAAUGCCUAGUGUCCAGUGCCCUUUUAUAUAAUGCAACAUUCUAACAAUAUAAGGAAAUCAGUUAUUACACAAACGUAUUCAUCCUUCUGGUUUGGUGGGUUUUCUCUUAUCACUACUUGAAGAGAAGAGUGAGGUCUUUUACAGGUCCAGUUUAGGCAUUUGGGACAUGUAGAAUGUACAUUAUACAGUUUUGCUUUUUAAUCAGUACGUAAGUCUCUGAUUCUCAUAUUCUGCUCAAAGCAUUAUUUUCUCCUUGUGUUCUUUCUCUGCACAAUAACAGCGCCACCUACUGGACAUAUUGCCACCUUAGCGGAAACAGUCAAGAUCAUUUAUGUACUGUAUAUAUAAGAUUGUUGAUUUUGGUUUGUCGUGGAUAUCACUUUUUCAGGAUCACUGUAACUUCAUUAGACCGUGAUAGAGAGCAGAUACACCAUUGAGGUUUGAGGGCCUGUUUGUGUUAUCCAGUAGCCAGUGACUGCAGAAACCAAUAUGUAAAAGCUAGAAUAAUCGUACCUGUGUUUUAUCUCAGAAUGUUAUUGGAUAUGAAAAAUUGUGUACUCAAUAUUAGAAUGGUGUGUGUAUUCUGUUUACUGUUUCAUGUUAAUGUAGAAUAUUUACUGUUUUAUUUCCAGCAGGUUCACCGAUUGACCAGAAAAUCAAUCUUGAGGCAUCAGAACUGCUUAUUAGGGAAUGUAACCGCAAUGCCACUAAUCAGCUUUAUUCCUCAAAGUCAUAAAUCCAGAUCUUAUAAGCACAAGAUCAACAAUGGGCAAGUCCCAUGUUUUGGCGUUUCUGAAAACAUCUUCGCAAAGAGGCAAGGGGACAUAACCCAAAGUGCAAAGGACACUAAUAGCAUGGCACAAUUAUUUCAACGAAGUAAGUCUUUAAUAUGUUUACCGUCUUUAAAAUCAUUUCCAUCUUGUGCAUCAUUUCCGUUCAGUGAGCCAUCUCCAACAUAUCGAGAAGAUACAGAGGUCUUUCAAUCAAGAGGGUGGAAGGGCAAUUCCAAGAUCAACAUUGAUGACCUCGAGGGAGCUCAGGAGACUGAUGUUGACACAGGCUUGAAACUUUCCACCUCUGACUUGUCUGUUGUAUCAGCCUAUUCAACGCUUAAUGGGUUGUGUAGUGAUUUAGAGUCUUCCCUUUCUUUCGAUAGAGAAACUACUUCACAAAACAGAACAUUAUCUGCAAGGAAUAAGCUCCAUGAGCUGUCCUGCCAAUCCCUAAAUUCAAUUUCUGAACUGUCUUCUGGAUCUUUUAUUUCAUUAUUACUUCCAAGUACAUCGGGCUCAUGUUCUCUAACCGAGUCUCAAAAGGAUAUUUCCAGCCUUUGUCAAAAUACUACGGACAUCACCAAGCAUUUGACAGAAACUCAGAAUACAGAAGAGGAAGAAUUUUAUAUCUGAUUGUUCAGAUGAUUGCUAUUGUAUCUGCUGCGUUUAUAUACAUUUUCGAGCUACAUGAUACAUCGAAUGUUCUAAGUGAUAACAUUUAUUACAAGCUUCACACUUUACAUGUAAAGAUAACAGGUGAAAUAGAAGUGUAAUAUAUAGAGAAUUACAUUAAUUGGCAGUUAAGAAAAAGCAUAUGAUGCAGCUUACAGAAUAACUUUAAUAAUUUAUUUUAUUUGGAAUUUUCUUACCUCUUAACCCAAGGGGAUUCUCAGAAAGUAAUUGUUACAUUUAGUGCCUUAUCAGUAUAGUCAUGUUAAUUAUAUGACCGUACCUUUAAAAUUAAAGGGGAUUAUCAUGUACAUUUUGUUUUAUUAUAGGUAAUAUUAAGCUCCAUAUAUUAUAUAGGUAUAUACCAUAAUUUUGUUCAGUUGCCAAUUUUUUGGUAAUUUAAAAAAAAAUCUAAUUCUACAAUGUUUGACAUUGUUUAUAUGUUAUUAUUUUGUCCAUAUGGUGGCGUUAGGAAUUCUGAUAUUUGCAGUUAUUUGUAAGAAUUCAACUUAUAAAGUUCCUUUAAUAUGUACCAGCAGGUGAUCCAUAUUGCCCUAAUAAGUCUGUUAGUCAUACCCAACCCGUCCCGUUCGCAAAUAAGGUAAAUGUUUAUAUAUAUAUAUAUAUAUAUAUAUAUAUAUAUAAUUGAGACAUGUGCUUUUAUACGUGUGUAUGGAUUUACCUUAUAUGCUAUUGUAUUAUUACAAAUGCACAAGAAUACAAAAUGUCUACUGAAGAUCCUGCUAGUCCGCUGGAACUCCCGUAGACAAUCUUGCACUUGUGCAAUAGAUGCCUCUGCCAUUUUAUUGCAUAGGCAUCUAUUGCACAUUACACAAGAUAGUGCCUGUUUUCAUCAAUCAACACCACUAACAUCUAUUGAGGAAUGGUAGGUUGUGGUGGAAGUCCUGUCCAUUGACACGAGACAAAGUAGCCCCUAGGCCUAGUUUGUCUCAUGUAUAUCUUUUGUUGCAUUGGAAUAUCAAAAUUCUGAUGAAGUCAAUAAGGAAUUUACAUAAACAAGCUAUCUUUAUGAAAAAAAGGGAAAGGUUAGAGUGGUGCUUUAAGAGUUUAAACAGAGAAUCGUGGUGACUUGAAAACCGAAUUGGCCUCUAUUUCACAAUCUGGUUUUAAAUUCACUGUUCGGUGUUAUGGCCAAUACCAAGGACUUUAUUCUCUAAAAUGAAUGAUCACACCAGCUUUGCUAUUAUGAUAUAUCCCCUUUAAUAUUUAAGAGUACGUUUGGACAGCUGUUCUUCAACGGCAAGUAGUUACUCAAGUGAGCAGUGGCUGAGGCUUAUGGGAAGUACUACUGCAAUGCCACAAACAACUGAUAUAGCUCAGUUUCAAAGACUUUGCAGAAGAAGCUAGACUAUAUUUCCAUUACUUGAUUGAACUGAGACAUGUGCUUUUACCAGCACUGUAAAGAUUUCCUAACAUUAUUAUGGUGACAUUUCACCCAUUGAGUGCCAUACAUAGCACAUGGUACAUAGUGCAGUGUUACUUUGCAUUGCUGCACUGCACACCCUUCUUCCACUCCUGGGUCUACCACUUUCGACAAAUGACUUGCCAUGGCUGUCAUGAUCUACAAGGAUUUGUCUCUUUGUCAUGAAGGCUCUAAAACAAUAUAACUUGUGGAAUUUUAAUAUUAAGCUAGGAGGCAUCAUAACACUGCAAGUCUGUUCCGCAGCUAGAAAAUGUAGAAUUUAUUGUAGAAUGGCUAAAAUCAUUGUAUCAUGGAGUGACAUAUCCUAAAUAGGAUGAUGUGAAUAAUUACAGAUCUGCUGUCAUCUCACUCAACAGUGGAGCAACCAAAACUAUUUACUAAUAAAAAUAAAAAUGUUUCUUGCAUCUGAAUUUUUAUUCAGGUAAAUUAGUGGGUUAUUCAAACGUAUUUAUCUCUUUUGUUCAGUGAUAAGUUCAAAAUUUAUGAGAUGGCCUAAAAUGUACUCAAUGUGGACACUACACCAUUUGUUUUUUGUUUGUUUUUUAUCUAAGAUAUGUUUGUUUGUCAAUGUGUAUCAAGUCAAGGUUGUAUUUGUGUCUUUGAAUGCAGGGAUGCACACAAGGAGUGUUUGUGAGUGUUUUUGUCUGUGUGGAGUUAUCAUGUGUAGGAAUGCAGUAAUGUAUUGUUGUUGUGGUGUCAUCUUCAUCUGCAUGCAACGAUGUGUGUUAAUUCAGAUGUAUCAUUGUAUAGUUUGUCAGUAUGUUUGUAUUUGUUUGUAUAUGUGUGUGUGAAUGCAUAGCUUUGUUUGUGUAUUGAUGGUCAGUGUGUAUGUUUGUGUUAGAACUCAGGUGCUAUCUGCACCCUUUUCCUCUCAAAUAAUUUAUCCCCUCCCUAAACAUUUCAACUAGUCACCUUCCCUGGUCACUACCCUUCUAUGUGCCACUUCUUUUC